AUGUCCAUUACAUCUUUUCCAAAACUACUUGACAAGUUAGGGAGAUGCUUGAAACGAGAGGCUUCGGUAGCAAAGAUGCCAAGCCUGCUCUUCGAGGCCUGAGGUUCUUGGAGAUAAAAGAAGUCAUUAACAAGGCACAAACAAAGGACAUCAUCAGUGUGUCAAUGCGCCCCUGGUCUGAAAUGAAUGAAAUAACCUUUUACAUAAUCCCAUUAGCAUUUUCAGUGAAAAUGAUGGCAUUUGAGCAGAUAGUUAAAAGAAUGUUUUUUUCCGUCUGCUUCAGAAAGGCCAAAAGUAUUUAUCUGAUUUAAUAUUUUAGGAUUGAUAUUAAACAAUAGAGAAAAGCAUGUGGCCUGCUGUGAGUCAGCUGCAGACUACCCAGCUUUGGCAAGGUGCUCCAGCUGUAGGAGUUAUAGCAGGCAACUUCCCGGCAGGAGAGAAAACAGUUCAUGUCACUGGAGAACCAUCUGCUGCUUCAUUUGGUUCCGCCAAAAUGGAACUGCAUGGAGGGUUCUAAAAACGUCCCUUCUGUUCACAAUAUUGAUUACAUUUGUAUACUGCAUAUAUAACUUGAGUCCUCUCAGUUGCAUUUUUAUGAAUUAAUUAUUAUUAUUAAUAAAUAAGGUUAACCCUUUUAUGUCUGCAAGUGUAAGUUAGUAUAUUACUACUUCGCCUUUUCAGGAAAAAACAGAACCUUUUUGAGCCAAGGUGCAAGGGAAUAUACACAUGCAAAAUGGUUGUGGGAUAUUGUUUAAAGAGUUAACUGGGAUGUGACCUAAUCUGGAUUUUUUUGUCUGUGUAAUGUUGGAGAGUAUGCAAUCAUCUUCAUGUGAUUCUAUGAUUAUUGAAUGAAACCUAGUUGUAUACCAGUGAGUAAAUCACUUCCAGUUCUGCUCUGCAACAUGUCUACUUGGAUUGACUGACAUAACAAAGUCUUGCUUGGCCCAACACAAUAGCAGCCCUAUAUAAGGAAAGAAAAAAAAACCCCAAAACUCAAAUAUACUGAGGGUCUGAUUGUCAGUUGUUUCAACUCCAAAUUCUUGUCUGUUCCUUCCCUGCCGCUUCCUUUGGACUGCGUUGUCUGGACUUUGGUUUCUUGCUGGACCUUGGGUUUAGAUUAUUGAUUUCAUCUUCUUAUGAAACUUUUGGGGAACUGCCUGUUCUGUUAAAUCUGACCCUUGGCUGCCUCCGCUCAGUCCCUGAACUGUCCCAGUUUAUCUGAAACAUCUUUUCUUCAGACACAAAUCCUACAAAGAAUAGCAUUGCCCCAUUCCCAACAGUAAAAGGUAUAUUUAAAAAUCACUGAUAACAACUGAUAACAACAUGAAUUUACUGGAACCUGUUGAAAGUCUCCACCAAGGCUAACUACCCAGACUGGUCCUACAUGGGCCAGAAGAAAAGCCAAGGAAGUCCCCAAAUAGGAGUUCCAAUACAGAAAGAGAAAGGAAAAAAGAAAGAGGGGGAAGGGAAUCAAAUUGGCUCCAAGCCAAAGGCCAGGCGGAACAACUCUGUCUUACAGGCCCUGCGGAAAGAAAUCAGAUCCUGCAGGGCCCUGGUCUCAUGAGACAGAUGCAUCUCCGGGUUAUUUGUGGGGCCUGCCUGGUGUUUUUACAUGAGUAGAAGGUGUCAUUUUAUUUAAAAUGCAUCUCUGGGUUAUUUGUGGGGCACAGGAAUUCGUUCAUAUUUUUUUCCCCAAAAUAUAGUCCAGCCCCCCACAUGGUCUGAGGGACUGUGGACCAGCCCACAGCUAAAAAAGGUUGCUGACCCCUGCUCUUGGUACUUCUCUGGCCCUCAGAUGUUCAGGAGGUGGCAGCUCAGAAGAAGGCAUUCUCUGUGGCAGACUCUAAAUUGUGAAAUUCCCUCUCUGUAAAGGUGCUUCUGGCACCAUCCUUAUGUAGUUUCUGUCAUCUGCUGAAGACACAGCUCUUUACCCUGGUCUUUGACAUCACACACACGGACCCUUAUUCUUGGGGCUGUUUUUGAUAUGAUAUUAUUGAUAUUAUAUUUGAUAUUAUAUUAUAUUUGAUAUUAUAUUUUUUUAACAGUGGUAAUCUGCCUGGGGACCUUAUAGUGAAGGGCAAGUAAAAAGUCAAACUCAAUGUGUGAGAAUGAGUGCAAGCAAUGGAUCCACAAAAAACCCCAAACUACGAACAUGCUCCUUCAGUGGGAGUGUGACCCCAUGUAGAGCAGGUUGCACACCACUUAGCCAGGCAAAAGCAUCACCCGCUAACAGCAUCUCAGCCUUGUCUGGAUUAAGCAUCAGUUUAUUGGCCCUCAUCCAGCCCAUUAUUGCAUCCAAGCAUGCCAAACAAAUCCCCCACUAGCGAUCACAACAACAUCUCAUUGCCCUUGUAGAAAAUAUUGAAUGCUGUGUAAAUGCAACGUUCCUCCUGUGAAGGGGCAACAUGUGCAGAAAGGGGCACUGCUGAUCGUACCCCAUUGUCUACAUAUAGGCAUCAUUGUUGGUGGGGACCCCAUGAGGGAAGCUGCAUAACUUUGGGGGCCGAGGCAAUUUCAGUGGUGUAACCUUAUUUGUUAAAUGCUCUCUCUUUGGGGAGGUUUGCCUGGCAACUACUCUGUUAUCUUUGUGGGGCUGCCCAAAACUCUUUCCUUUUCCCAGGCCUUUCAUUAUGCUUCUUAUGCCAUUUUCUUUUGUAAAAUCUAUUUGUUUAUUUUUUUGGUGGAACAAUUUAAAACAAAAAUUCAUCAGCAAUAAAAAUAAAUAAAUCUCUCAAUGGAGCCCCUCACAUGUUGAAAUAGCAAGGCCAUGGGAUCCAGCUGCAACGUCAACCUCUUGCCACACACAUAAGGAUCCUUCACACAGCAGCGAGUGGGGCAGCCAGUACACUCUAUGGCAGCAGAGGGUAUCCCUAGAGUUUUUGUUAUGGAAAAACCAGGGGUUGGCUUUUGCUGCCCAACUCCCCAAGACACUCAUUCUGGCAAUUCCUGCAGCAAGCUGGUGCCAAAGGCAUUGAUCUGUUUUCCUUGGGGCCACAUCAGCAAGUCAUCUGGGCAGCCUAGGACCACCACAAACACUGCCCAGGUUUGCACUGUGGGGGAGGGUCAUUUUGGUGCUGGCAAAAAGCAACCCACCCACCCCCACCUUGCAGGGGUGUUGUGAGGAUCAAAAAGCAGGACCUGAACAGCUUGGAGGAAGAAGCAAAUAAAUAGCAUGAGGGAAAUAAUGAAGUAAAGAAACAACAAUGAAAUAAAUUAUGUCUGCCACCCUGAACCCCUUGGAAAAAGGACAUAAAUAAACUUGUUCCUAUAACAUUUGAAAGCCACUCUGGAGAAGGCUGGAUUUUUCCUUCUUUUCAGGUGAGUUAUAAAUGCUAUUAUGAGCAAAGUCAUUAAUUGCUUUUGGUGCCUUUCAGGGUUUAUUAUUGCAAAUAACAAGAAAGGGCUGAAAUGGUGAGGCUGCUGGAGGUGUAAAGAGGCGGAGGGAACAUUUUUUUCAUAUGUGGUGUUAAAAGGGUAAGAGUACUGGGAAAUGAUCUAUAAUGAAUUGAAAAAAAAAUGUUUAAAAUUACUUUACCAAAAAACUCAGUCCUUUCUGGGGAUAAUUCAGACUGAAAUUCCCCUGGUGUCAGAAAAGGUUAUUUAUGUAGGCAACAACUGCGGCCCAUGUCUUGUUAGCCCUGUUAAUGAGAAAAAAAUUGCUCCUUUUCCCUUAUGGGGUACCCAAGAGCCCCUAUAGAUUCCUUUUGUAGGUUCUCUAUCGGUAGGAGAAAAUAACAGAGACCAACCAGAGAAUAUUGAGAAGAAAACAGCUAGUAAGCCUGAUCUUUAUUGAACUGUUGCAACAGGGGGCUCCCCCCACACGCAGGAGAGAGGGGGAGGACCCAGAACAAAGGUGUGCCCAUCCUUACAUAGACAUUUUAAAUUGCCCGCCCUGGAGUCCAAGACCACCCCCAGAAACAUCAUACAUACAUCGCAGAAAAGGCGGUCUACAAGAGAAAUCUGAGAUCUGAGAGCGUUGUUUUUACCCUGUCUGCCAGGCUACCUGUUAAUGGUCACUUGACUGGAUUACCGGGGGAGUCUGGCCAUUCUUUUGUAAUGAUAAUAAUUCCUGAGCCAGGUCACAGGCUCACCCUAUUCAUACCUUAAAUGUGCCCUUAAGGCAGGAUUUGUGAGGACAGAGACAAUGGGGAGGUUUCUGCAUUUGCUUCGACUUUGUAGAGAAAUAUUUGAGGUGACUGAAAGAGUCAAAAUGGCUUUAGGACUUUUCCUAUGUGUUUCAGACAUGUGGUUUAUAUAUUUAUAUAUGUGUUUGCUUGGUACAUUUAUGAACAUUUAUUAUAUAUUUAUAAGACCUAAAAAUUAUUAUAACACAACUGAAAACGCUGGCAGCGUUAAGAUAAAUUCAACAGUGUAAAUAAGUUUUGAUGGGUGUAAUAAUGGAAAACCGAUUGGUAUAGUUUUUGUAAAAUAAGCAGGGAUUUAUGAUAUGUAAAAUGAACCAUGGUGGAAAGAGAAGAAGGGAAGUCACUGGUAUCUUAAGGAUGUGAAAUGUAAAAGGGAAAAUGUAAUAAAAAUUAUACAAGAAAAGAAACGGCGAGGCUGCUGGCGUGAAGGCGAGCGGCUCCGAAGGCGGCUGGAGGGGGCGAGCAGGGUGGCAAAGCCGGGCCGCCAAGAGCUCAGGGUGUCGGGGCGGGCCUCCACUCCCAACCCGAGAGGCGCCGCUCCGGAGACGCAUCCGCCGGAGCCCGGCCGCCGCCGCCGUCCCCUCCCUGCCCGACCCGGGCGCUCUCCUCGGCCGCGUCCCGCUCACUGCGAGGCCGCCGGGGCGAGUGGGCCCGUCCUCCGAGGCCCCGCCCCGUGCUCAGCCCCUCCCGCGCCCUCCGCCGCCAUGUUGAGGCAGCCGCUGCCCGGCGCUGGGUGAGGCCUGUGCGGGCCCGGGCGGCGACGGAGCCCACCGCGGAGCUGACGGUGUCGGUAAGUGCCGGCGGGGCGAGCGGGCCGGGGCGUUGGCGGCCGGGCGGGCCUGGCGCGGGGCGCCUCCCUCGGCGCCUGGCCUAGCGCAGCCGCGGCCCCUUCGCUGGCGCAGGCCCCUCUCCCCGGAGGCUCCCCGGGACUCGGGUAGGCGCGCAGGCAGGGAGGCGAAGUGGGCGGACGGGCGGGCGGGCAGACCGAGCCCCGUGGCAGGCUCCGCCGCCAGCCAGAACCCCAUUUUGCGGCGGCGGCUCCAGCCUCACGCCAUGCUCUCCGUGGGGUUGCGGGGCUGGGGGAUGCCUGCCUGCCUGCACGCCGGCCUCCCCUAUGGGGCAGACCCACGGGCAGCGUGCCUCUUGCCCAUCGCCAUCCUCAUCCGGGACCAGCCUGCGCCAGACCCGGGCAGCCUCCGUGCGCCACCCCACCGAUUUGCACGUCCAGACGAGACGUCUGCGCCUUGCUCCCCCCCCGCCGCCUCCGCCCUCUCCCCACUUUCGCAACCCACCCCCGUUGCAUUUUAUUUUUUAUUUUUUGGGGGGGAUCAGAAUACUGAUAGGGUGCCAGUGCACCUCUCUCUCUCCCACAGCUGAGGGCAGUCGCGUCACUUUAGGGGCAGGAAGAAAGUGGCCCGAGAGACCUCCCGGCGUUGGAGCGGGCAUUGCCCUUGGCAAAAUCUCUGCCUUGCUGACCUGCCCCAGAGGUCGGGCAAGGUGUCCUCUUGUGGGGAUGCCCACAGGCAGGCCAAAUAGACGGGCAGGGCAUCCCUCUGAAUGGCUAUUCAGGAUGCUGUUAACAGAACCACAACGUGCCUCCCUCCCACGUACUGGGAUGAUUUACUUGCCCCCACCCAGUUGUAGGGGAGCCCCACACUUUGGUCCCCUUUUUACCGGGAUCACUUUGCGCAUUGGUUUGACUCUUGUUUUUGCUGCUGUGUAGACAUUUGGACAAUAGGACACACAGCCCGUCCUGACUCCCUGAUAUAUGCACCUGUAUAACCCAUGGGUUUGCAAAUAAACCUUGGUCACGCAUGUGAAUUUUCCAUAGAUGCAAAAGCAGAAAUUGCAAAGCAUACUGAGCUCACAUCAAUUUGGCAAAGAGCUGCCUUCUCAGUCUUAAAUUCUAGAUCUAAUAGGGUCACCCUUGCAGCGCUGCCCACUUUUGGGGUCUCUUACUCUUCUCAACCUUGACAGGUGCCUUAUUUAUCAGAUGUUGGUUUUUCUCCUGCUCCUGUGCCCUAAGCUUCAAAAUGCCUAACCUGCUAUAAACACCACCUCCUUCUGGGCAUGUUUACUCCGUUUCUACCCCCAAGUUGCAACAUUCAUGAGCACUCCCCUGGGGAAUUCAUAUGGUGAGUGCUGCCGAACAUUUCAGUUGGCCAGUGGAAAGCUCCUUGGGGAUGCUAAGCUUCAGCUGAUUCUCAGAUUUCUUCAGAAAGACCAGUCAGGUCUCAUAAAAUAUUUGCAAACUGGUACAAAACAUGCUAAGAAUCAAGUCCAGUAGAUGAUAUUGGAACUUAAUUUUGAGUAAAUGUGUCUAGGGUAGUUUGACAAUGGGUUGUAUUCAACUAACUUUCACAGUAGUGCAUUGAAAUUAAUGGAUUUAAUUAGUCAUGGCCAUUGAUUUUAGUGGGUCUACUCUGAGUAAAAGUUAGUUGCUGUUUUUUUUAUCAAGAGCUGAAUCAUUCCACACGCAGGGCUGUUGUAAGGAUAUUUUGGAUAGAUAGAUACUAUCACCAUAUUACAGACAGGGGUUGAUUAUUUCUUUAGUUAUUGGAGCAACUCAAGGCUACCCAUGACUGAACUAAUAUUUAAACUGGGAACUCAUGAUUUUGACAUUGAACCAACUCAUAGCCUUACAGGGCAAUCAGUGAUGUGGAUUGGAAAAUUUCCCAGUGCUUUAUUUUUCCAUAGAAUACUUUCAGUUUUAUUCGUUCAGUACUAGCAGUGAUUGGACGCCAAUUACAAAUACAGCAUUUGGCAAGCUUGGCAGUUUCAAAAUGUUUACUGUUGUUCGCUAAAUGAAAGUAAAAUAAGCAUGCUAAAUUAGAUCACUCUUUAGCUCCUGCAAAUUGAAAAGUAUGCUUUACAAAUUACCCUAAUUUGCGGUGGAAAAUUUUCUAGAAGACCCACAUCACUGAGCACAAUCCUAUGCAUGUUCACUCUGAAGUAUCAUCUCCCCUCUCCCAAAUAUAUACAUAUUCAGUGAGGCUUAUUUUUAGGUAAGUGUGUAGAGGAUUGCACUCACUUGCUAUUUAUUUAUUACACUUAUAUUCCACUUUCCCUCUCUGCAAUUGACCUAGGCAGUCUCCCACCUAAGCACUGACCAGAAACUUAGCCUUAGCCUUAGCAAGGUUGCUGCAUCAAAUGUGUUCAAACCAUGUUCAUCAUGGGGAUCUGGAAGAAUAAUAACGAUCUAAAGUGUCAUUGCCUUGAAGUAAACCCUGCUAAAACUUAUGAGAUCUACUGUCAUGUGAUAUGUUUCAGGUCAGGCUUAAAAAAGGUUUAACUUCUCUUGCUAGAAUGACAUUUUUACUUAGAUAUUGUGAGACAAUUCAACAUUUUUCUUUAGGGGGGGAGUAGGGUGGGGAAAUCACCUUGCAAUUGAAUGAUUAUGCCAAAAUAGAUGUAUCAGUAUGUCAGGAGCAGAAAAAUAAUGCUUCAGGCAAUGAUAACAAUAAUACCAGAAAAUGACUGUAAACAUUGGCAAGUUAAUUGUCUAGGUAAAGCAGUGUUUAGGCGAUGCAGGUGGCGCUGUGGUCUAAACCACAGAGCCUAGGACUUGCCGAUCAGAAGGUCGGCGGUUCAAAUCGCCGCGAUGGGGUGAGCUCCCGUUGCUUGGUCCCUGCUCCUGCCAACCUAGCAGUUCGAAAACAAGGGCAAGUAGAUAAAUAGGCACUGCUCCGGCAGGAAGGCAGACGGCGUUUCCGUGCGCUGCUCUGGUUCGCCAGAAGCGGCUUAGUCAUGCUGGCCACAAGACCCAGAAGCUAUAUGCCGGCUCCCUCAGCCAGUAAAGAGAGAUGAGCGCCGCAACCCCAGAGUUGUCUGUGACUGAACCUAAUGGUCAGGGGUCCCUUUACCUUUACCUAAAGCAGUGUUUAUUAAAUGGAGGUGUUUGGAGGUGGGUAGUUAGGACUCCACCAAGGAAUGAGUAUGUGUAAACAAAUUUAGACAUCUUAUUGGUGAUAGCAAGUACUCAGCAAUUUCCAAUAUACUGUUUUGUGACUGUGAUACAAAGAGGAGGAGCUGAGCAAGAAUACCCACUAUGGGUUUUCAGUUGGUGUUGAUGGUCCAAAUACCAAAGAGCCAGUAAGCUUAGAAAUGAAGUGUGAUUUUCAAAAAAAAAUUGAGAGGUCAUGAGAGCUAAGGGGUGUUACUAACAGUUGUGUGAAGACAAGUCCUUGCCUUGAAAAACUCAACACUUAGCAAUUUGACACAGGCAAUAGAGGAAGGAGACAAAGGUGAAGAUAAUAGAAAAGAACGUUGUUUGGAUUUCGUUAUACGUGCUUAGGAUACUAGGUUACUACUUGUCAAUUUAGCUUUAAAAACAGAGCAACACUUUUUACAAGAAAUGCUUGUCCAGUCUGUGACUUUAUCAUUGAGGCUGUUCGUUUCAAACUUGCACUUAUAAAUGUGUUUGCCACCAGCAAAAUAAGAGCCUUUCCUUUGGUUGCAUUUUUAGUGUCUUCAGUCUGCCCUCUGGGUGUUUUGCAGUGUUGCACUUAUUCUGUCCCUCUGGUUGACGAUGUUUGGAAAAUUUAGCAAACUGACUGAUGACCAUUGCUGGUGGAAAAGUUUUUGAAUUGUUUCCGCGUCAUCUUACACUUUGGCAAUCUCUUUCCCUCUUUAAUGAAGGCAUUAAAAUGCCUGCUUGUUUCUUAAUAGCAUUAAGAUUUUUCAAAUCAAGACAGUUUCAAAAGUGAACAGGCAGUUAAGUCUGUGAGUGACUUUAAAUUGGACAGGUCAUUGGCAGUGAAUGCAUAAAGCUGAACUUGUAAUUUCUCUUUGUGUUGGGCCUUGUCUCAUCUUGAUGGGACUAUAACUCAUAAUAUUGAUGAUGAUGAUGAUGAUGAUGAUGAUGAUGAUAUUAGUGUGCAGUCCUUAUCUCCAUUCAGCUUUUUAGUAACCUCCUAAGGUUCUUGCCAUUUCCAUUUGGUUGAUGGGGCAAUAAAACUGCACAUUUUGGAAAGGGCAUUUUGGAAAGGAACCCUAACCCUAACCCUAACCCUAACCCUAACCCUAACCCUAACCCUUAUGUGAACCCAGUUGGAAAAGGGCUGUAGCUCAGUGGUAGAGUGGAUGUUUUGCUUGCAAAUGGUGUUGGGUUCGAGUCUCAGCCAUCUCAUGUCAGUGCUUGGAAAGUCUCCUUUUUGAAAUCUUGAGACCUGCUGCCAGCCUGUUUAAACAAUACUGUAGUGAGCUAGAUGAACAAAGAGUCAUCUAGCGUAUAUCCCUAAAACAAGGUAUAAUACAAUAUGUGGCAUAAGCUAAGGAAUGGCAAAACACAGCCCUCAGGUAUAUGAUUUAAAUAAGGAAUGAGGAGCCUGUAAUCUUUCAGAUAUUGCUGGACUACAACUCCCAUCAUCCAUGCCAGUGGCCAUGCUGGCUAGAGCUGAUGGAAGUUGGAGCCCAACAACCACUGGAGGGCCUCAGGCUCCCCAUCUCUGAUCUAAAUAGACACAAGGAAAAGGAAGGAGUAAGUGGGUAAAGAAUAUUGACCCAGGAUGUGUAGCGAAUCCUAGAAGGCUUAACAUUACCAUCCCUUAGACAUUUAUUAUGAAUUGUAGGACUGCAUGGAAUGUUCUUCUUUGCAUAUUUUGCAUCUGUAAGGAGGAUACCAGAUUAUGAUUGAUGGAUGCACACUUCUUCUUGGCUCUCAUUGAUGUGAUUUCCAAACUGAAGCUAGAGAGGGCAGUUCAUAGAAUAUCUGAGAGAUGACCAAUGAGCCUCUUAAGACCCUGCUAUUUAAUGAAGGCAGUGAAUAUUUUCACUCCUGUAUUUGGCAUAACCAUUUUAAGUGCGCAUCAUGCUAUAUUUGCAUAUUUUAAAUUUUGCAGAGUAUAAUGGAAGUCUCAAUAGAGCACUACGAGUAAAGGAGGGUGCUAGGAUAACAUAGGAGACUGAGCCAGACCACUGGUCAGUCGGGCCCUAUAUUGUUUUAAAAUUCUGGUUAUCCAUGGCUUUCCAGGGUCUUGGGAUGAGACUUCCAUAUCACCUGUUACCAAAUCCUUUUAAGAGGAUAUAUAGGGGAAUUGAAUUUUUGUUCUUCUGCUGAACUAUGGUCCCAUCCCCAUUUGUGAUUAUUCAUUUAUUUAAAUAAAUGGAUAAAAUAUUUGCAAGUAACAGUUGUGAGUGCAUUUGGAACUAUAGAAACACCCACAGCUCCCACUUUUUGAGCUUUUCCAGCUGUUUCAUGAGGAUUUGGAUUGUCUAUGAUGGCUUUGUGAUGUCUGAAAUGUCUUGUUACAUAGUCUGAUGCAUUAGGAGCUCAAAUGUUUCUGUUGGUAGUGGAUGCUACAAUUCUCUCGCAGAGAGAAAAACUACCAUCCACAGACAAGUUGCGGCUUGAGUAAUCUAUCCGGAAGUGUUAUCUUAUUGCCACAAUAUGAAUUUUGUAUCAUGGACACUUUAAGAAAGUUCUAUACAUUGUAGUUUUCCAAAGAGGUCAUACACUAAUACUAGAGAAUAUACAUAAAUGGGCACCUAAAAUGAUGAUCAUCCCUGUGAAGAAAAGCUUUAUUUCAGUUCAGAGAAAAGGUUAGUUAGGAAUGGCAGGGCAGGAUACUAUUACAAAUAUACUAGCCAUGAUGGCUCUGCUCUGCUUCCACACUUGGGUGUGCUUGAUUAAAAGGACGGUUAAGUCCAGUCAAAGGUGACUAUGGGGAUGCAGCACUCAUUUCGAUUCAGGCCAAGGGAGCCGGCAUUUGUCCACAGACAGCUUUCCGGGUCAUGUCGCCAGCAUGACUAAAUUGCUUAUGGCGCAACGGAACUGGGACAUCAGCCAGAGCUCACGGAAACACCGUUUACCUCCUUGCUGCAGUGGUACCUAUUUAUCUACUUGCACUGGCAUGCUUUCGAACUGCUAGGUUGGCAGAAGCUGGGACUGAGCAAUUGGAUUACCAUUUGCUGGAAACUGCAGAAGGGGAGAGUGCUCAAGCUUGGGUCCUGCUUGCGGGUUUCUCACGGGCCUCUGGUUGGCCACUGUGAGAACAGGAUACUGGCCUAGAUCCAGCAGAGCUUAAGUUCUUAUCAUCAUUAGAGUGCAUAGAGAGAAAUGGCUGUCUCCCCAAACAUAUUUGGCAUUGUUUGGCAGCAGAUUCAAGACAAAUUAAGAAGUAUCAGAGUACAGUGGAACCUCGGGUUGCGAACGUGAUCCGUGCGGGGGGCAUGUUCGCAACCCGCAGCGCCACAUCUGCACAUGCGCGUGAUGCGAUUCGGCGCUUAUGCGCAAAGCGCGAUUUAGUGCAUCGGCACGAGCGCUGAAACCCGGAAGUAACCUGUUCGGGUACUUCCUUGUUCGGCGCGUCCGUAACCCGAAAGCGCGCAACCCACAGCAUUCGCAACCCAAUAUAUGACUGUAUAGACUUAGAGCUUAUUCUGAUGCUACUGGCAGUUAUUCAGGGGUGGACUUUGGUAAUCUUUUGUAACACCACGCUGUAUGCGAGGCCAAAAUAUGGUGUCCCCAAACGGAUCUUCUCAAUUAUGGAUCUUCUCAUUUUUGUACCCCCUCGGGUCAGCGCUCUGGGUGGGGGAACCACCUGCACCACCCUAAACCUGGUGCUGAAACUAGGAAAAACUUAUUGAUAAGUGACUGGAUGGGAGGCUGCAUUUAAGAUGCUCUUAUUUGUUAUUUAAUUUGUAAAUAAAUUGUACUUAUUGCAGGAUGACCAGAUGAAAUUCUUCAUCAGAAGAUAAUGGCCAGCAGAGUAAGAGAGCAUUAAAGAAACAUUAGACAAAAUCAUGUUGGCUAACUUAUUAUUGGCCUUGACACAGUGGACUACAGUAUCCAUAUUCAGAGUCAAUAUACGUCUCAGAUACUGGGGGUGAAUAAAAAUGGAUGGCUGUAACUAUUGUACUCUUUGCUUUUGAGCUCCCAAAUGACAACUAGUUGACUACUGUUGAAAAUGGAACACUGAAUUGAGCUUUAGUUGUAACAAGUGCAGUUUUUAAGUAUAACAAAUGUUUUAGAAGUGAAAUUAAAACUGCACAUAGCUUUAUAGUCCUGGUUCAGAUAACUCUGAAGUCCAUGUUUUGUAGACUUUGGAACAAGCUCGGCUUACACUCUCAUGCGUAACUUUACGGUCUGUUUAUUUUUUGCACAGCUUUUCCCAACUUGAUGUCUUCUAUAUGUUUUGUACUCCAGUUCCCAUCAGCACUAGGCAGCCUGACACUGGCCAGUGGUCAGUGAUAGUGGAAGUUGUAGUCCAAAACACCUAGAGAACAUCAAGUUGGGGAAGGCUAGCUUAGCAAAAACCAUUAUUUUCUGUGGUGUCUGAGUUGGGCUUCCUGUCUAAAGCACUGGAAACCAUGAAUUGUCUGAACUGCCCAGUCUUUCUUACCCUUAGUUCAUAGACUGUCACUCACCGACACCUGGGAUGAUCUUCUGUGCUUCCUAAUCUUUGCAGUCUUUGGUCGACACAAGAAAAGUUGUUUUCCCAUCACAAGGAAUCUUUUCAGACCCUUUCAAAUACAUACCUGCAUUCAUCCCAGUCUUGUGAAGAAUCAUUAAUUUUGGGUAGAGCACAGUACAAUGUGGCUUAGGGUAUUUUUCACACUUCAAGGCUUCCAACAGCAAAGUUAAAAAAAAAAAAAGGAAACUUGCAUAGAAACCAUUAACCUUUCUUUAUGAAUCAUCUGUGGUAGGCAAGAUUCUCUAAUGUAGAGUUUUUCAAACUUAGGUUCACAGACCACUUGUAGCUUGUAAGUUUCAGUGAGGUGGUCUGCAGAAGAAUUGCAAAACAGUCAAGUACAUCUAUAUUUGGCCCCAUACUCGUUUUUCCCCCUUUCUGACAGUGCAGAUGAAGGCUGAUUUCACCAGGUUUGGCUGUAUCUAACAGCUGGCAAGACUCUUGCUUAAGGCCUGUGGUUUUCAUUGAAUUGUAGAGUUUGAAGUCCAGAAUAUGAGGUGGUGCAGGGGUGGUGCCUGGCUAACUUUGAACCCUGUGCUUCAUCCUGGCCUAGCGCUCAUGAUUUUCAUAACGAGGCACUGUUUUUUUCAUACUAGUUCUUCUUGAACAUGGAUCAUCCUGGGCCCUGUUCUUGCUAGUUCAUCCAUUUUUACAGUGAAGCAGCAUGAUCUUGGACCAGUCAGUCUCUCUCAGCCUAACCUAUCUGAAAUGGUGGUUCUGAAGAUAAAACACGAUGGUCCUUACAUAUGCUACUCUAAGCUCCUUCGAGAAAGGGCAGUAUAUAGAUGAAAUCUGUUUCUGUCUUUGCCAGUUGGGUUUUCUGCCAUAUUAAAAUGAAAACGUUACUUGAAGAUGAUGCUUCUCAUACUGUAGCAGCUGACACACUCCUUGAAGCAUUUGAACUGAUGUCAAAAGAAGGGUGUCCAGCAGUCUUUGCCAACCUGGUGCCCUCCAGAUGUUUUGAGUUGUAUAGAAGUGAUUGUUCCGGUUCUUUUGGAACCCAAACGUCUGAUGGGGCUUCCGCAGCUUCUGAUUGGCUGCAGGAGCCGCAAUUUGGUUUUGGAACAUUUUGGAAGUCGAAUGGACUUCCAGAACGGAUUCUGUUUGACUUCCAAGGCACGACUGUACUAGGGAUCAAACUUGGGCCCUUCUGCAUGCAAAGCAGGGGAGCUGCAGUCCUUCCCGUAUCAGCUGGGCAGCCAAUAGGCAAUGUAGACUUAGCCCCUGUUCUGGCUGGGGCUGGUGGGAAUUGGAGCCCAAAACAUCUGUAGGGCACCAGGUUGGCAAAGGCUGGAGUUUAGGAUACCAUACCCAGGUGCUCUUGUGCUAUAUAAAAUGGCAUGAGUUUUAAGUUCCAGCUUCUGCAGUUGUAUUUGGCUUCUGCAGCAGGAGAAUGGGAGAGUUUCCCCUUUAACUUUCUGUGUUGUCACACUUGACAGCUUUGGAGGGCACAUCACAGAAAGUGGACUUUGCUCUUUGUAUGACCUUUGUGCAGUCUGGAGCAAAAUAAUUAUUCCCUUAUAUCAUCACCCUGUGUGUGCAACCCAGAAAGGCAUGAGGUAAAGAAGAGCCAUCGCUGUGAACCUUUCUAUCAGCCAGGAAGGGAUUGCUCUAAUGCGUAUUUUGGCACUGUUUCCCCUGGUGGCUGUAGCCCAACUGCAAAUAAUCAGUUUAUGCCACACUUUAGUCCUUUUCCCUCCUUGGCUGGGCUUGCUGCAAGAAACGUACCAACUGUAACAACAAAAAAAGCAAGGCAGCACCUGGUAAAUGACACACAAGAAAAAUGAUGAGAACCCCAGGGUGCCAGGAAUACAAGGUUGUUUGUUUAUUAUAUCUUAUAACCAGAGGGAACCUGCAACAAAGUGUUGCAGUGUAUCCUCAGCCCUUAACACAAAUUCUCCUGUUCAGAGCUCUAGCCAGCUUGAAAAGAUGCCUUGCAGUGCUGUUCAGGGCUUGUGGUAUGUGGGGGAGCUUUUCUUUCCCACGCUCCUCCUUUCCCUCGCCAUACGAUAAAAGAGCUAUUAGCCCUGAAUUUGAGGACUUUUUUGCUAUGAUGUGCGAAGAUAGAGGGGGAGGAGAUUCUGGAGAGCAGGAAAAGGAAAAUAUAUACCAUUUCAGCCGACCUGAAUAUAAGCCAAGGCACCUAAUUUUAGCGCAAAAAACUGGGAAAACUUACUGACUCGAGUAUAAGCUGGUUCACCACACCACAAAUCUGGUGGUGGCGGCAGCAACAGAGGAAGAACAAGCAGCCCGAAAGGGCUCCUUUGCGGGCAGCGGCGGCGGGACCAGCUGCGAGAAAGGGCUCUUUUCGGGCCGCUCGUCCCUCCUGCCGCCACCUCUGCCGCUCGCAAGAGCAGGCAUAGGAGCCGUGGUUGGGAGAGGCCUGGCUCGUCCCGCCACCGCCCGCCUUGAGUAUAAGCCGAGGGGGGCUUUUUCAGCAUAAAAAAUAUGCUGAAAAAGUCGGCUUAUACUCGAGUAUAUACGGUAUACGGUUUUCUUUUCCCCUGUACUGAAACCUCCCUGUAUGGUGCAGGUAUGAGAUUUUUAAAAAUCUCAUGGCAUGUCUCCCACCCCCUCAGGAUACAGUAAGCCACUUCCAAGUGGGGUAGCUGUGUUUGCCUAAAGAUAAAGCUUCAGUGGUCUGGAGCCUAUUUGCAUCUCUUAAUGUGGAUUCUAGUCCACGAAAGCUUAUGCCGCAGUAUUUUCCUUUCAGCUGAUGCACUCAACUUUCAGUAACUUCUGGAACCCAUUGAGCGUCCUCAAGUCCUCACACAACUGGGCUUUUUGAGCUUCUUUCCCCCUUUUAAUUUACAAAUAUUCAUUUCUGCAUACCUGGGGAGGCCCCUUGACUGUGCAUGAACCUUGUCUGUGGACUGUUCAACUGAUAGGCACUGGACCAAGACGUUUUGCUAUUAGAAAGAGUGGCAUAUUUCUCACACCCCUGGGUUAUCAUUAUUUUUAGUAUAUAAUACUGCAUCACGAUCUGUAGAAGGAAAAUCUUAGGCUUUGGGUUUUGAGUAUCAGCAACAACAGGUAAAUCCCCUUCUGAAAAUUUGCAGGGUUCCCUGCCCCUUUCUUGCUGCAGCUGUGUGCAAUGGGGAGGAAGUUAGAAAAGGCAAAGCAUGCCUCAAGGAGACUGCUUGUGGUCUGUUCAUUAUAAAUAUAACACCUUUCAUUCCCAUUCUAGAAAGUGUGGGUGUGUCGUCUUCUGAAAAAUCAACUGAGUCCCUAGAGAAGCCUUCCCUAACACAGGGCCCUUCAAGAUGUUUUGGGCUACAACUCCUGUCAUCCCCAGCCAGCAUGGGCAAGGAAUGUUGCAAAUAGCAGUCCAAAACAUCCAAAGAGAGAACCAGGUUGAAGAAGUUUUUCAUAGAGUAUAGGAACUACUAAUAGAGCAGUAGGCAUGUUUUUCUACUGUUACUAGAACCCAAAUCUUGGCAUUUCUAGAAAGAGAGAUAAAUUCAGAAAAUGCGCACCGAGAAUGCUUUUGACAAUGUUUUGCUUUUUUGUAGUUUUCAUCAUGGGGGACAUGAAAACUCCAGACUUUGAUGACUUGCUGGCUGCUUUUGACAUUCCUGACCCAACCAGCCUUGAUGCCAAGGAAGCCAUUCAGACAGCUGGUGAGGAGAACGAAAACCAUCUCAAGCAGUCUGGGAUUUGUAUAGAUGAAAGCGCAUCCUUGUCCCACGCAGCGCCAGCUUCUGACAUUCCAGUUGUGAGUGUCAUUGUGAAGAACACGUGCCGACAAGAGUCAUUUGAAGCAGAAAAGGAAGGCAACCACCUAGGACCAGGCCUGCUGCACAAUGGAUUCCGGGGGUCUGAACUUCCCCUGGAGACUCACAAUUAUGGGAAAUUUGAUUCCACUUUCAUCAAUGGUGAUGGCUUGAGGAACUAUCCUGAAAAGUUGGAACAGACAAAGUCAGAGCCCUUACCAACAUUCAGUCAGUUCAGCCCCAUCUCCAGCCCUGAGCCGGAGGAUGCACUCAAAGAUAACAGUAUUGUAGAUAAACCUAAACAUGUCCAAACUCCCUAUUUUCCACCGCAUCCAAUGUAUAUUCCAACUGGGUCAUCUGUGUUAGAUCUGCUUAGUAGGACCUUGCCAGAACCAGAGUUUAGUAGGUUUAUGUCAACUGGGCCAUCGCUGCUAGAUCUGCUUAGUAAGAAGAUAGCAGAACCCGAGUUAAGUAUGUUUGAUCAAUACUGUAAAAGAGAUCCAAAGAUAGAUAUGCAUGAACUGCAAGAAAGUAGGGUGGAUGCUAGCAAGAGGGAACGUGACAAGAGCCCUGAGAAACGGGAAGGCCCUGUCAAAGAUCUUGUGGACACCAAUAACUUCCUCAGCGAAGGGUUGCAGCUUGGCAAUUUCCAUAGCAAUAACUUGGGUGAAAGUAAAGGAUCUGUGCCUGAAAUGAACUACUCCUCUUCGUCAGUUCCACCUCGCCAGCGUAUCAAACCUGCCCACUCCAAGCUCUCAUCCUGCGUCGCUGCACUUGUAGCCCUUCAGGCCAAAAAGGUUGCAGGCAUCUCAAAGGAGGACCAGGGAAACUUGACGAAGGAGUCUUCUGGGCCCUUUAAGGAUGGCAUCAAGGGAAGCCCCAAGAUGCCAAAGUCACCAAAGAGUCCCAGAAGCCCCCUUGAGAUGGUGAGAAAAGUCAGCAAGCAGCCCGAGUCUCCCCGGAGUGUGUGCAGUGACAGCAGUAGCAAAGGCUCACCUUCGGUGGCAACUGGUUCACCCCCAGCAAUUCCCAAAGUCAGGAUCAAGACUAUUAAAACCUCCUCUGGUGAAAUUAAAAGAAUGGUAACAAGGAUCCUGCCGGAAGUCGAUGACUUGGGCAAAUCUCCUCAAGAAUCGCCCGUGGAGAGUUCAGCAACUGAAGAGUUUGUGAAAUCCUUCCCUUCACCAGAACCAAAUGCAUCCAUGGACACUGAGUCAUGCAAGGGCUUUGCUAAAGCCACUACUCAAGAGGCAAACCUAGCAAGUCCCCACGUUGACAGUAUGAGUGCAGACAUUCCUGUAAGCAGCACCCCUGGUGCACCCCUGCUGGCAAACAGCAGCAGCGGGACAAUAAAAGUAGGUAUUGUGGGACAGCCGUCAAGCAAGAAGCAGCAGCCGGGUGUGGUGGCGCAGCCCUGUAACCCUGCCAGCCUCCUUCCUAAAGCCGUGCACCUGGCCAACCUCAACCUGGUUCCCCACAGCGUUGCGGCUUCUGUGGCGGCGAAAUCUUCCGUGCAGCGGCGCGGCCCGUCCCAGCUCACGCAGAUGUCUGUGCCGCUUGUGCACCAGGUUAAGAAAGCCGCUCCUCUUGUCGUCGAGGCAUUCAACAAAGUGUUGCAUGGUGCCAAUCCUGUGCCAAUCUAUACUCCAAACCUCAGCCCUCCUUUUGACAGCAGUAUUCACUUACCUGCGUCUGGGUAUUGUUGCCUGGAAUGUGGCGACUCGUUUGCCUUAGAGAAAAGCCUCACCCAGCAUUACAGCAGGAGAAGUGUCCACAUUGAAGUCAUGUGCACUCAGUGUUCGGCGACGCUGCUGUUCUUCAACAAAUGCAGCUUGCUCAAGCAUGCGAGGGAUCACAAGAGCAAAGGCUUUAUCAUGCAGUGUUCUCAGCUGUUCAUGAAACCCAUUUCCUUAGACCAAAUGUUUUCACCUUCUCCAACAAGCUCUUCAACGUCUUCGACAUCUCAGACAUCACGGUUGCCCCCUCUUCCGCAUAAGACUUGCGCUGCGCCGGGAAGCGGGACUGGGAGCUCGACAAAUGCUCAGCCAGCUUUGCCCCUGUAUGCGGACCCGUUGAGACUAAUUCGUCACGGAUUAAAGUGUUUUGAAUGUAAUAAGCAGGCACUGGACUAUGUUGCCCUAGCAGCACAUUAUCAGAGAACCUCGGAAGAUAACGAGGGACUGGUAAGUCACUUCCUAAAUAAAGAUCAGAGCUAUUUUCUGUUGGGCCUAGAUUAAAAACAGCCAGACACUCCAAACGUACAUUAAGAUAGGCACACGAGAUUAGUUAACUGCAUCUUUCCAUGUUCUUGGGAGCUAUACACUAUGUGCAAAUCUAAGAAAAGUGGCAGGUGACUGAAAAGAGCGUGGAGAUGGUGAUCUAUAUGUGUGAUUUAAGAUGAUUGAAUAUACAGCAUAAACCAUUCAGUGCCAGAAAUAAAUUGCUUCAUCCCCUCAAGUUACUGAGGGAGAGAAGAAGAGAUUGAUGUAUUUCAAAGCUUUUAUUAUUAUUAUUGUAUAGAUUUAUUUGUCUAGGGUUUUUUUUUUAAAGUAGCUUGCUCUGCUCCAUUUGCUGGCACCGUGAACAGCCCAUUUCUGGCCAGUGUUCAUUCAAAAAUAUUAACUGGACCUAGCCUUCAGUUCUCUGCCCAAUGACAUGUAGAUAAUUAUGCAGAUGGAAGACUGUGGUCUAAAAUAACAUGUUUGCAUAGCAGCCAAUGUGUUGUGUGUGUCCCCUCCUGGUCCACACACACUUCCCGUCUUCCUCCUAAGUGGAAGGAGCUUUGUUUAGCCGUCCAAAUUGAUCAGUUGACAAACCAAUUUCAAACCAUAGUUCCUGAAGCAGUCCUGUUUAAACUAACCAUAGUUAAAAUUAACCACGUUUCUGAGUCUGGACAAUAUAGCGAGCUGUGAUUAAUCAAAGACAGAAGUGGAAGCUGCAGCUUGUUUCUGCUUGUUCAUGUCACAUGAAACUUUGGUUUAGUGUGACAUGCAGGUAUGUUCCCCGGGAAAUAUUUACCUUCUUUUAGACCGAGAAUGCAAAAGGUUUCUUUAAACUAAUGGUUUUCUGAACACUUCCCCUCUUACCAAUGCUGCUUCGUACAAGAAAUGAAUCUGAAAUAUGUUGCUACUUUAGUAUACAAAAAUUGGAUAAGCAAGAAGCAAAAUAGCAGUUUUGGCACCAAAGUUUUCAGCUCAAAAGCUGUAAUACUUAGACAGACUGCAAUGCUUGGCACAUUUACAUGGACAUAAGUUAUGUUGAAAACAGUAUGUGAUCAUUCUAAGUAAAAGUGGUUAGGACUGUUAAGAACACAAUUAACUCCGAUCCAACAUUUUACAUCUAAAUGAGCUGUUGACCUAUUUAUCGGUUGUUUUUGUUUUUAUUAUAUAUUUUGUGAUUUAUGUUGCAGCUGCCGUGAGACCUGCAAGUAUAGGACAGUAUACAAAUUUUAAUAAUAACAAUAAUAAUAAGUGGCAGGGCACCUCAUCACACUUUCACUUCCUAUCUUCAUCUGCUGCUCUCUAGACUGCAGAAUUGUUGAAAUUCACAAAACAACCUUGGUUGUGUUAUUGCACCCCAUUGGUCAUUGAGGAUGUUUCAACAGCAAUUUCCCCCCCAGCAAUACCUUUACUUACCGGUACUUAUAAUCAGCAGUAAAAUUGAAGAGGAAAGAGAAAUGAAACGAAAUGAAAAUUCCAUCAACAAGCUUUCUGUCGCCCACUCACCUGCUGCAUGCCUUUUGCAGCAUUAUAUAGGCUUGCAAUUUAGUUUUGGAGUAAUGGGACUAUUAAUUAACAGCCAUCUCCAUGUUCUAACUCCCUUGCUUUAUUUAAUAAGCUGCAUGUUUUGAAAGCCUUUGGGAUUGAACUGUUGAAAAAAAAUAAUGAAAAAGGUAGGAAGGCUUUGGCAUUAAAAUAUUGAAAUAAAUUUCCUGUUUAAUCCAAUAAACUUCAUUACCCUUUUCAGUUCUGUUGGGCCCAUGCAAGGGGUCAAGUGAAGUGUAUGCUUUUUACAUGUGCAAGUACAUCAGCUGACCAGGUAUUAUGGCCUGUGGCUGCCACUGACUUUGUUGUUCUGACAUCAUCCUGUGAUGUCAUAAAAUCCCCAGGAGCAUUCUUGGAAGUAUUUCACUGGCACAGGACAAUGAGUUGUAUUCAGCUGGCUUUUACUCAGAGUAGCCUUUUGGCUAAGGUUAUUGGUAGUGUUUUACUUACAGUAAACCUAUUGAAAUUAAUAACUAAGCCUAGCUUAGGUCCAUUAAUUUUAGUGGAUCUGCUCUGAGUAAAAGUUAGUUGAACCCAACUAAAUUCCUAGCUGCUUAUACAAAUACUACUGUGAGGGAAUCGGCACCCAUGUCCUUAGCACAAUUAAUUGGAAUUACCACAUUUACUCGAGUUUAAUGCACACUUCAAUUUUCAGAACCUUUAAACCAAAAAAAGUAUUUGCUGGCGAAUGUAAAUGGGCCAUCGAAUAUAAUGCACACCUUAAUUUUCGCAACAUAAUUUGGCCAAAAGUAAGUAUUAGAUUUGAGUAAAUAUGGUAUGUCCCAUGGAUUUCAGGCACUCGCUUUCUGAUUUUGGUGUACUUGUGUUUACAGUCUUCAGGAGUGCUGACUGAAAAAUCAGUGUGCAACGUCUCUAGUUUCAACUGCUCAGUGAAAAGUGAUGUAAAGUUCCAGGGUGCAAUCUUUAUUGAUACAAUCCAAUUUAAUUUUUUAAGAUCCUUAGAUAUGUCAAUUCUACAAUGGCUAAUGGCUAUUCUGUAUUGGAAACCAUUGGCUAGGAUACUGGAGCUAACUGGAAAUCUUGACAGUUCCUUGAAUCCUGUUGGGUUUUGGCUCAGAGUUGUCUUGGCAAUCACAGCUCCAGUUCUGUGUAGCUUUUAUAAUAGGCAUUUACACAGUUUGCUUUAUUCUUAACCCAGUUGGUUGUUGCAUUUUUGUGUCUUCUGCCCUCCCCCCCCCAACUCUUCUGUUCAUAUUUGGGAGAGAAAUCACAAAGCCUGCUUAGCCCAGUCUGUAGCCCAGGCGUCCCCCCCAACUUAUGCAUGAUUGCAUAUAGUUUUGUGGCCCAUGGGGUGUUUUGAGCCACCUGUUACACACAAAGCAUGGAGAAACCACGUAUAAUUUAUUUUAGCUGACCUCCACAUGGCUGCUGCAACACGUUAAUUAAUCCUCAACUUGCCAACUGAAUGCAAAAUUAUUUCCCAGUAGCCUAUACAUGCGUAGUCAUGUGGAGAAGAUGUCAUAUUUGGAGUUGAGCAUUCACCUGGAAUAAGCCCAGCAGUGGGAACAGAUACAGUUCUGGCUUCCAUCUUAAGUGCUACAUGCUAUAUUGGCCUUUUUCUGUUCUGGCACCUCUUGGGUGGGCGCUAUUGCCAUUACAAUGGAACCUCGGAAGGUGAACGCCUGUUAACUCAAAUGUUUCGGCUCCCGAAUGAUCGGAAACCGGAAGUGAUUGUUCCGGUUUUUGAAUGAUUUUCAGAAACUGAACAUCCAGCACGGCUUCCAGUUGGCUGCAGGAUGUUUUGGAAGUCGAAUGGACUUCUGGAAUGAAUUCCGUUCAACUUCCAAGGUACGUCUGUAUAAGAGAGCAAGGCAGGUGCUCGUGAUGAGUUCUAGCACCUCUUUUUCAGGAAAAAUUGCACUGGUUUUAUCUGUCUUAUUUUGGGGGAUUUAUUGUAGUUAGCCAGAUGCUUUCUGUAACCACUUCAGCCCCUUCAAGGUAUGGAGUUGAACCAGUAACUGUUGAGGUUCAUGCCCGAAAACAUAAUAUUGACAAUGCUGAUUUUGCAACACUCGGUGGUAGAGGAAGUAACAUGCUCCAAAUUGCUAUUGGGGAAAAUCCAUCAAUACAGUGGUGCCCCGCAAGACGAAUGCCUCGCAAGACGGAAAACCCGCUAGACGAAAGGGUUUUCCGUUUUUGAGUUGCUUCGCAGGACGAAUUUCCCUAUGGGCUUGCUUCGCAAGACGAAAAUGUCUUGCGAGUCUAGAGAUUUUUUUUUCGCUUCCCCCCCCCUUUAUCUAAUCUGCUAAGCCUUUAAUAGCCUUUUAGCAGCUAAUCCCCUAAGCCUUUAAGCCUUUAAUAGCCGCUAAACCGCUAAUAGCGCUAAUCCGUUAAGCCGCUAAUAGGGUUGCUUCGCAAGACGAAAAAACCGCUAGACGAAGACUCUCGCGGAACGGAUUAAUUUCGUCUUGCGAGGCACCACUGUACUCAUUUGUAGCUGUGCACUGGUAGGGGCAGCAGUAUUGGGCAGCACAGACAGGGUGGUGUCGCUCACCUGCCUUUCCAUCGUCAAACAUCACUGCCAGCUCCUAGCAGCCUUUCUCAACCUGUGGGCCCCCAGAUGUUGUUGAACUACAACUCCCAUCACCCCUAGCUAGCAAGGCCAGAGCUCAGGGAUGAUGGGAGUUGUAGUCCAACAAUAUCUGGGGACCCACAGGUUGAGAACCGCUGGAGGUGAGAAACACCACGCAGCCUUCACUGUGCUGCUGACCGGUACCGAUCUCUGUCAAUAGUACUGUGGGACUUGCUGUACUCUGCAAUGCCUCAGGUUACUCCAGGACGACCCAUCCUGCAGCUAUCCAUCACAGGGGCUUCUCCCAAUCCCUUAAUGUCCUGCUUUGGGCCCUUUUAAAAAAGCACUUAACUUUGCUAUUCAGUGUAGCCUCAUCAUGAAUCCCAGAGCUCUUGCUGGCUACUUAUUUAUCAUAUUAUUAUUUAUUAAGUUUCUGUACCACCUUUUAUCCAAGGAUCACAGUGUAGUUUACAAUAUCCCAGCUUCUGUUGGGACAGGGACAGUGUAACACUCCCAGUUACUUCACCAUAAUUAAGGGGCAGGAACUGAGGGGAGAUGUGUUCUUCUACUCAGAUUCUGCUUGUGGCAGUGUUAGAAACUCAGAUAUAUAAGCUAGGCGCCAAAUUGUUCCUUUAACCAACACUGCAAUCGCCAAAUCAUCUAGUUGCCAUUUGGGGGCAAGCUGGGAUAUUGUAAAUUCUUAUUUUUCAAACGAUGGACUGAGCAUGAUGGAUUCUCAGUGAAACAUCUGGCUAGUUCAGAUGACAGCCUUGAGCUAGAUUAAGAGCUUUGAGAUCCUAAAGAAGAAAAACCACUUGAUCCAGGGACAGUCCACAUUCUGUGCUCAUUUUGGUUCCAGAAAUUCUGAUUGUGCAGACAAAGUAUAAUGGAUAGAAUUCUACAGAACGUGUUGCUAGCAUGUGAAAGCAGUCAAGAUCCAAGGAUCCCCAGGCAGGCACAUCCAGAUGGUGGAGACUUCAGGUGCCAUCCUGGCGCCUGGGCAUCUUCACUUGGUCGCAAGUGGCCAAUAGCCAGGUGCCCAAAGUGCCAGGCAAAUUUUGAACGCUGGCUUGUGGGCUUCCCAUAGGUGUCUAGUUGGGCACUGUGAGAACAGGGUGCUGGACUGGAUGGGCCACUGGACUGAUCCAGCAGGCUCUUCUUAGCUUCUUAUUAGCAGGUUUGCAUUCCCCCACGUCUCCUUACACUGGCAUGAGUUCCCUCUUCUCCCGCUGCCAGAUGGCACUGUGGUUAAUGCUCACCAGCAUUGCCUGUUAAGCAGGGUUUUAAGCCUGGCUUUAAAACUGGUUACAAAACCUUUUGUAAAAGGAACCCCUGUUGUCAUAACGAAUGGCUAAGGUUGCUGCUGAUAUAAACCUCAGUAGUGGUGAACAGCGGAUCAGCUGGGGCGGAAGACAGUGGUGUAACUCGUGCUGGAGAAGAAAAGACCAGGAGAGGACAAAGCAGCAUGCAGCCUUCCAUUUUAUUAUAUUUUUAAUUGCAUUUGUACCCCUUCUUUUCUUCAAGAGGUUCAAGGUGGCAUAGGUGGUUCCUGCGCCCGUUUUAUCUUUGCAGCAACCCUGCAAAGUAGGUUAGACUAAGAAUGACUAGCUUAAGGUCACUCCAUGAGCUUCAUGACUGAACCCUGGCCUCCCAGCUCCUAGUUCAAUACUCUAACCGCUACACCUCAUCACCCAUAUUCUUUGUACAGUGUCACCUGGAGCCUUUACCCCAUUGGCUUUUAAUUGAAUCAUUAUCCUGAACUAGUAACUUUGAAUAUAUUUUUGUUAAAUUUCAGCAAAGAUUUCCAAAUGUGAGGCAAAAAUAUUGGUUUUGACCGGUUUCCUGUUCAGGCUUGGCUUUACUAUUUCUGACCUUUUGAAGGUGUCUCCAGUGCUGUGGUGGGUGCAUUUUUGUAGAAACACUCUAAUGUGCAGAUUUCUAUGUCAGGCUGACAUGUGAUAUAUUCUUGUAACUCUGUAAGAGAAGCCAUCAAUUUUCCCAUUGUAAAAACUGCAAAUAACCCCAAACCCCUGAAAACAGAUUAGCACCGCUAAAGCUGCAGUUAGGGCAUUAAUCAGCCUCUCUCACCUACAGGAAAACACAACAGCAACCUUUAUUGUGUUGAUUCAUAGCCUGCAAUGACAAGAACAGCCAGGUGGCACCUGGGUAGCACCCACCAUUCCAGUGGGCAAUUCCAGGGCCCCCAAAGUUUUGCAUACGCUGCCUUUGUAUUAUUGGAUUUGAGGAGCCUAUCCACAAUUGUUUUGCAGAAUUUGAUUUUCUCGAAUUGCACCUUACAUGAUAGAAUCCAUCUUGAAUCUUCCAUAGAAACAGAAAACACCACCUUAUACUGAGUCAGACCAAUUGGUCCAUGUAGCACACAGUAUUGUCUACUGCACUGACUAGCAGUGGCUCUCCAGGGUUCCAGCCUUUACCUGGAGAUGCCAGGGAUUGAACCUAAGACUUUUUACUUGAGUGGGUGAGAGCUGAGCUGGUCAGAUGGGUGGGGUACAAAUAUCAUCAUCAUCAUCAUCAGUAAGGUAAAAGGACCCCGACCAUUAGGUCCAGUCAUGACCGACUCUGGGGUUGCGGCGCUCAUCUCGCUUUAUUGGCCGAGGGAGCCGGCGUACAGCUUUUGGGUCAUGUGGCCAGCAUGAUUAAGCCGCUUCUGGCGAACCAGAGCAGCGCACGGAAACGCCGUUUACCUUCCCGCCGGAGUGGUACCUAUUUAUCUACUUGCACUUUGACAUACUUUUGAACUGCUAGGUUGGCAGGAGCUGGGACUGAACAAUGGGAGCUCACCCCGUCACCGGGAUUCGAACUGCUGACGUUCUGAUCGGCAAGUCCUAGGCUCUGUGGUUUAACCCACAGCGCCACACGCGUCACUCAAUUAAAGCAAUUGCUCACUCUUACUCUGAAGCAGGGGUAGGGAGCCUGCGGACUUCUAGAAGUUGUUGAACUGCGGCUCCUAUCACCCACCCUGACCAUUGGCAAUGCUGGUUGGUGCUGAUGGGAGGUCAUAGGUCCCCCGUUCCUGCUUUCUUCUACGCCAUCUGUAGGUGGGGUUGAGUUACGCUACCGGGGGUAUUUGUGGAAUUCAGGCUGCCUAUGGCCAGCAACUUCCAAUGUGUACAAAGUCCUGUAGAGAAAUUGAAGAGACGCAGGGAAGUUGUUCGAGAGCAUUCGUUCCACUAAAAUCUGGCUUUGGGUAAAAACAAAAAAACCACACGAAAUAAAGUGAGCUCUUACAGUGUUUCUGAAAUAAACGAGUAAGCUAAAGAACUGGUUUUAUCCAGUGGGUGUUUGCCAGUGAGUUAUGUAGCUCUGUGCUGUUCUUGCCUCUUUCCUGCACGUAGACUUUCCUUCAAGAAAAUUAGUGCAAAUUCCAUGUCUCUCAUUGGUGAAGUUUUUGGCUUAAUUAGAAACAAAAACAGUGUGGUUGAACUUCAGUAAUUGCUGCUUUCCCUAGCAAGGCAACCAGAGCAGGUCACCCCACUAUAAACUUUCAAGCAAUAGAUUAUAGUACAGGCAUAGGCAAACUCGGCCCUCCAGAUGUUUUGGGACUACAGUUCCCAUCAUCCCUGACCACUGGUCCUGUUAGCUGGGGAUCAUGGGAGUUGCAGUCCCAAAACAUCUGGAGGGCCGAGUUUGCCUAUGCCUGUUAUAGAGAAUACAAAUAAAGGAAAAACUGAGAAUCCACAGUUGGUCAAUACUUCUAUUAGGACAUUACCCAGAAUAGUGAGGAAGCUUUCCAGUACUUCAGAACUCUUUGUCGGACAGGAUGUUAAACAAGAUGGGAGGAUGGGAAGAAAAAGCUGGGAGCAGUGCUGUUGCUUCCACGUCCGCAGUUUAUAACAGUCUUUAGGUGGGGCGCAGGAGGAAUUUGGCAAGUAUAUUUGGACCAAGACAGAACUAAAUAAUUACUAGAUUAUUGACUGAAAAAUAAGGCUGAGUUGUUUAAAGACUUUACCUUGUUUGAUCAACUGAUUAUCCAUAUACCAUCUAUGAGCCCUAUAGUUUCUUGAAAACACAGUGACUUCAGUUUUCUUGUAAUUCACAGCCAGCUGUUCUCUUUGGCAGUAUCCUGAGAAUGCCCUCAUCAAUCUUUUUAGGCCCACUUUUGUUUGAGAUAGAAGUAUCGCAUCAUCUGCGUAUAAUAAUACAGAGAUGGCUUUUGUGGCCAGUUUAGGGGCAUAAUACUCUGGGGAUGUUAAACUCUGGACAAUGACAUUUAUAUAUCCUGUAUUUUUCCGUGUAUAAGACUAGGUUUUUUUACUCUAAAAUAAUGUUAAAAAACAUGGGUCACCUCAAGGUCCAUAAAUAGCAACACCCUAGUGGUCCCGGGCCCUAAGGAAGUUAGAUUAGCCUCAACCAGAGCCAGGGCCUUUUCAGCACUGGCUCCGGCCUGGUGGAACGCUCAGUCUCAUGAGACCAGAGCCCUGUAAGACAGAGUUGUUCAGCCUAGCCUUUGGCUUGGAGCCAAUUCGAUUCCCUCCCCCUCUUUUCUUUUUUCUUUUUACUUUCUCCUCCUGUGAUGAGGCUGCAUUUUAAUAUUUUAAUAUUUCAAUAUUUUAAUUGUUGUGUUUUAAUCUUGUUUUUAAGUUGUAUUCAUUCAACUUGUUUUUAUUAUUGCUUGUUAGCCACCCUGAGCCUGGCCUUGGCUGGGGAGGGCGGGGUAUAAAUAAUAAUAAUAAUAAUAAUAAUACAUGGAAUAUAUACAUGGGGGACGAGUGAUUGGUUGCAGCCAAAAAUAGGGGUAGUCUUAUACACGGAAAAACAUGGUAAUUAAAGCAGUGCGGGAGCUAGGAUGCAAACUUGCUUAACUCCCUUUGUGGCUGGUACAGAUCCUGUGAGCUGCCCAUUUGUAGAGCAAUGCUCUUUCAGCACAGUGUUUUAUAUAGACAUUUAAUCAAGAACAAUAAUAUUUUAUCUAUAUUUAAGAGUUCAACUAAUCCCACAGUCUUACUCGAGAGAUUGAAUCGAAUGCAGCUUUCAGAUCAAUGAAAGCUGCAUAUAGCACACCACCCGGUUUCUUAACAUACUCAUCUGUAAAAUGAGCUAGUACAAAGCAAUGAUCUAUAGUGGAUCUGACUCAACUAAAUCCUGCUUGCUCUUCGGCAAUAAUAUCUUCAUCAGUUAUCCAGUCAAUUAGCUUAUUGUAAAGAUGCUUUGCAUAUAAUUUGCUAAUUAAUGGUAGCAAGCUAAUUGGUCUAUAACUAGCUAGAUUGAAUGUAAGGCCCUUUUUGAAUAUAGGGCUGUGGCCCAAACUUCAGGAAAUAUCGAUUUAUCGUUUUUCUUAAAAAACGCUUCCAUUCCUCUUACCAGUAAGAACACAUUCAACGAUGUUAGUAUCCUUUUUGAUUCUCGGGAGAGGACUACCUAUUACAUUUGGAGCUAAUUUCUCAUAGCUCAGCCAGGAAUUCGUAGUCAUGCCAUCAGGAUUGUCCCUCACCCUAUCAUAUUCCAAGGGGGGUUGAGUUUGCAGCUCUCCAUCUAUACACUUCAAAGUUCCUCUGGUAGCCCUCUUUUUAACUAUACAUUUUGGAGAAACAGCUUGUGGGCAAAAGGCUUGAUUGUCAGUUGUUUCACCAACGUUUUAUUGUCCAUGCUGCUGUAUUUGGGUCAACCUGGACUGUAACUUAGCUAGUUUGGUGAGAAUGUCACUUUGCUUUUUAUUUGGUAGGUUAACAAAAUUACUCAGCAAAUCCUCUUCUUCUGGAACAGUCCCGUCUGCUGAAUCUGGAGGGUCAUUUUUAUUCAGAACUGCAGUUGAUUGAUUAGACCUCUUUAAUUUUCCUUGCAUAAUCUCUGGAGUUGCUGAUAGUACAGUGGUGCCUCGCAAGACGAAAUUAAUCCGUUCCGCAAGAGUCUUCGUCUAGCGGUUUUUUCGUCUUGCGAAGCAAGCCCAUUGACGGAUUAGCGCUAUUAGCGCUAUCAGCUGUUUAGCGGCUAUUAAAGGCUUAAAGGCUUAGGGAUUAGCUGCUAAAAGGCUAUUAAAGGCUAUUAAAGGCUUAGCAGAUUAGAUAAAGGGGGAAAGCGAAAAAAAUCUCAUGACUGGCAUGGUAUUUUCGUCUUGCGAAGCAAGCCCAUAGGGGAAUUCGUCCUGCGAAGCAACUUCAAAACGGAAAACCCUUUCGUCUAGCGGUUUUUCCGUCUUGCGAGGCAUUCGUCUUGCGGGGCACCACUGUAAUUCUUCCCAUUGACUGGGAUCUUUGUUGGCAAUAGGACAAAUGUCAGCUUUAGUUAAGGUGACUUUGUUACUCCUGUUCACCCUUUUGGGUACAAACAGUGGCUUAAGUGAUGUGUCUUCAAAAUGCUGAUAAAGGAGGACUCAUUUCCGGGCCAAAUGAGCCUUCUUUUUCAUGAUUAUAGCUGGAAUUCUAUGUCUGCUGAAAGUUAGAAAAUUUGUCUUGAGUAUCCAUCAUUAAAGAGCCCCUUGGUUGAUUUUAAAUUGAUAUUUCCAACAUCACAACCUAGGAGUAAAGUUAGGAAUUAUUAUUCUUUGUGUUUUCUGUAGACACAUAACAGUGCAGAAUCUUUGUUCAUAUUUUAUGACAUUUGGGUGGGUCAGAUGCAGUGACAAACUGGUAUAGGGUUAUGUCAGAGGUGACAAAUGUGCAGCCCUCUGGAUGUUGUUGGCCAGUGGUGGGAUUGUGGGAGUUGUAGUCCAGCAACAUCUGGAGGGCUAAAGGUUAGUGUUAUGUAUUUAUGCCUUUUUCAUCCAAACUGGCAAAGUGUUGCAUUUGUCCUGCAAAUCAGGAGAAAAAGAGGCAUGGAAUUGUGGAGAACAUGGGCCAGGUGUAUUGAAUAAAUAUACUUUCAUUAUGGAAACUGUGAGUGACAGAUUAAUUUACAACUAUACAAAUGAAAAUGUAAUUUCAAUAGAUAACACUAAUACAGAUAAUUUAUUUUUUAAUUUGGAUACAGUGGUGCCUCGCAAGACGAAAUUAAUCCGUUCGGCGAGUCUCUUCGUCUUGCGGUUUUUUCGUCUUGCGAAGCACGGCUAUUAGCGGUUUAGCGGCUAUUAGCGGCUUAGCGGCUAUUAAUGGCUUAGCGGCUUUAAGAAAAAGGAAACAAACUCGCAAGAACUCGCAAGACGUUUCGUCUUGCGAAGCAAGCCCAUAGGGAAAUUCGUCUUGCGGAACGACUCAAAAAACGGAAAACUCUUUCGUCUUGCGCGUUUUUCAUCUUGCGAGGCAUUCGUCUUGCGAGGUACCACUGUAAUUUAAUGCUAAACCUGUCAGCUGACCACAUUCCUUUGUAUGCCGCUGUAGUUGUAGCAUAUCACAGUUUCUAAUUGUAUACUGAAAUCAAAUAUUUGAUUAAAUACAAGCUACUGCAAUGAAACACUAGGAUGAGAGAGAUUCAGAGUUGCAGGUAAGGGAUGUGCAAGUCUUUUGCUCGGGUAGCAUUAUGGGAUGGGCAACUGCCUCAAUGAUAGCAUUUACUUAAGGAAGGGAAUCUCUUCACUUUAGAAAUCUGAGAAUAUGUGUACUCUAUUUACUUAAUGCACACUUUAGUUUUAUUUUGCAGUGAAAGUGUCAAAGUCAGAAGUCAGCAUUCCCUCGGGAACAUACAACGGAAAUGCAACAUUUGGUGCUGGGUUCUGCCUGAUUAUUUUUUAUCUAUUUCCCUUUAAUUAAAGAGAUAGUACCAUUGUAGUGUCUACCCAAUUGCUAAGCAUUAUUCAGUAGUUAAGUAUCUUCGUGGUUUUGCGGGAGAUAGUGAGUGGGAACUGGUAAAACUGCUAUUUUACCAACAUCCUUUUCUAAACUAGGUUCUCUCCCCACCUAACCUCCCUCUCCCUGAAGAUCUGCCUGACAGUUCACCAGAUGUUUAGGAGGCUAGAAACAACAGAGACCCUGAAGUACUACUUAGAUCAGGCCUUCCCUAACUUUCGGCCCUCCAGAUGUUUUGGACUACAAUUCCCAUCAUCCCUGACCACUGGUCCUGUUAGCUAAGGAUCAUGGGAGUUGUAGGCCAAAACAUCUGGAGGGCCGAAGGUUGGGGGUGCCUGAAAUAGAUGAUCAAGGACCAUCACAACUGUUCCCCUAUAGAUUAAUUUAUUAAUGUACUCUACUUUUCAACCAAAAAGUUUCAAGAGAGACUUACAUUAGAUUAAUGAAACAAGACAGUUUCUGCCCACAGAUUUGCAGUCUAAAAGACACAGGACAAAGGAAUGAGGAGGGAAAAGGGAAACAAGCAAACGCAGGCACCAACUCUUUUGCAUAGUUGUUCUUAUAAUGACCAACUGGAAUGUAAGCCAUUUAUGGAGAGGAGGCUCCAUGUGGAGCUGGUUUCUCAGCAGAGCUAAUGGAGUGGUCCUGCUCCCAUCGAUUGCUCUGCUACAGCCUGAUGCAAUGAUGGGAGCAUAAAGUGAAGAAGAGCUGAGAUAAAUGAAAAGGAAAUAAAUGAUAGUGGAGAUUUGACUCCAGUGAAUUGGUGAAGCUCAUGAGGCUUGGGAGGACCUUAGAAUUUAAAUUUUGAGAUAAAUUGGUAGCUUUCAUUGGCAAAACCUUCUUAAGUAUUUCCCAGACAUCAAGGGCACACAUAUCAUACAACAAGGGCAUACAAAUAGUACAACAGUAGAUAAAAAAGGGGUAAAUCCACAACAUACAGAAUUCGGUAGGAAAAACUUCUAUGGCUUAAAUGGUUGUGGAUUAUUACCCAAAUUUUCCUCCUUUUUGCUCACAUUUCUUAUCACAGCUUUUCAGUAACUUGUGUUACUUUCAUAAGCCUAUGAUAAUUUCAGUUUUUAUAUAAAUGUUUCCACUUCACAAAAUUAGACUGGAUGGUCUUGAUGAAACAGUAGCAUGAAUAAAUUGAAUUCUGAAUGUGUAUCAGGCAGCUGCUGUGAAAGAAGAAUCUUAGACCAACUCCUGAUUUAAGCAUCCAAAACAUGACUCCAAUUAAAGCAACCACCACACGCUCUCUGCGAAUCAGGACCUUUGGGCCCCAGAGUAUACUAAAUGUUGAAAUUCCAUAAUUCCUGUAGUCUUUCCCCAUCUGUGCUACCUAAAGCUGCUGGCAGUGGGGGAACAGUAUGCUUAAAUUUCCCAUUGUGUAAAAAUCCUCUCACACGUAGAUAGCUAAUAUGUCAGGAAGAAGUUUCAUCCUGGCCUUUGAUGUGCAAGCUUUCCAUAUGCAGAGGUUUUUUCUGUAGAGGAAGGGGUCAGAAGCGUUCUGCUGUCUGACACUCCUUGCCACCUGCAGGGGUGCAGUCCAGUGUUGAUCUUAAGGGGCAAGAAGAUGGGAAGAGGCAGGCUUGUAGGCUGUUGAAAUUCUGGACUGUUGUUCCUGAGCUUUUAGUCUGGAAUUUCAGUGUUUACUGUGUUUUGAGGCCCAAAGCUCCAAAUUUUUAGGGUGUGUGUGAUAACCGGUUAUAUUAACAAUAACUAAAGGCGUUCUAAAAGCACAGAAUAAAAAUAUAAAUAGGUAACUAUUUAAAACCAUUCUGAAGCUAUUAAUAGAAACAUAUGUACGUAAGUCAAGUAAAAAUUCAGUACUAGGAUUGUGAGUCUUUCAGGGACAAUGAUAAGGCCUCUGAUGAAAUUGCUGUAACUUGUGUAGAAACGUACGUAGUAAAAUGGAAUGAUCAGCAGGAGAGCUGUUUUGCAGUGUCAGGGCACAAUCCUCUGUCAAAUCCAAAUUGUCUGUAUUGGCAGCAAGCCAUGACGUGGGCUUCAAGAAUAGCCAUGACUGGUGGGAGGCAGGAAACUGCAGGCGGAGAGUGACAAGAGUUCAAGGGCAGAGAAAGGAAAGAUGUUUAGGGUUGAAUCAAAGCACUGAAGGCCCAGGAAGCAGAAGUGCUGACUGUGUGCCCUGUUGUGUAGACCAGGAGUGGGUUGAUGUCAUUCGUGAUCCACAGAAGCAAGAGUGUGUACUUCAAUUCUCUUUAAUUGUUAAUGUCUAACUCAACUGAUUUUAGCUUAAGAAGCGCCUUGUUGGAUCAUAGAAGGCUACACAUAGCAAAUUGCAUUCACUGCAAGAAUCCCAGCAAUGAGCAGGUGCCAGUAGGUCCACCACAAAAUUGGCUAAUGGUCCACUAUCUACCCUUGCCUUCUUUGGUUGUAGAUGCUGGGCCAACUGGAGUUAAUGCAAUCCAAUCAAUGCUUUUUGCAGGAUAUCUCUAGGAGUUUAGUUGCGCAGUGCUCAGCUGUCCUGGCUAUCGCUGUAGGUAGUUCACUGGCCUUGGACACAGCCAUCCUGGGUUCAGUUCUUGAAAGCCUGGCCACUAACCAAACUGUUUGGAUCUGGGCAUGACGCCUGAGCAGCUUCAGAAGUGAUUGUUUCUUUGGUUCUCCAGCUCUUGAAAACUUGGGCGGUCUUACAUUUUGAACUUGAGCAUUUGUUUAGGCCAGAGGGUCACUGUGGAUGGCAACAGCUUGUAAAUUAAUGCCGUGUACAAAUAGAUAUCAAGACUUGGACAUUGGUUGAGGACACCAGAUUAUAGCUAGUAGGCGUGUCGCACUACUUGUGCUUUCCUAAUGCUGCAGUUCCAAGUGACAUGGAGAGGCAAGUCUUGGGAUGUUUUGGAAAUGAUAACCUGUUAACAGAGAGCUUGGAGUUGUAAUUCAGCUGUGUGUAUUCUCAGUCCUGCCUUAGCUGCUUGGGAUUUGUGACUGGGAGCCAACAGCUUCGCCAUUAAGGCCACCUAGCUUGGUUGUGACGCACAGUGGUUAGAAAGGCACAACUUGUCGGCAUUGUCAGCUCAUGGCUUGAUCUGGAGACUGUGGGAUGACCUUUACUCUAUGCUGCUUGCAGAACCUCACAUAAGAAGGUAGCCAGCACAGGGAGGAGAGCUGUGGGAUGGUGGGAGUGGAUGUUGUGCUACUGGCCUGUAAGCAUGAGGUGCCUGUUGAACUUGUCACUUGGAGAUGGAGAGAGCAGUACACCCUCCAAGAGGUUCCUUCUUUCCCAAACCCAUAAGGAGAUACAGUGGAAACUGGUUCAGGCCCAAGGAAGGAGUAGGUUUGGACCACAGCACAUCAUUUCAUCUGCAGAGCCAGUUGGCUAAAAAAUAGCACCUUUUAGAAAACAAGGAGAGAGACCUCCAAGCCUAAGAUCUCUGGUAAGCUUUUUCAGUAAAUGGUUGCUAAGCCAGAGACAUUUACCAGUCGUUUGGGCUAUCCCUAAUCACUGGGUUCAGAGAACUCUGGAUAUGAAAUGUGUUGGUGUUCUACUGAUGCUAAAUAAAUAAAUAAAUAAAUAAAUAGAGGUGUUUGGAAUUUCAUUAUUUCUUUUCCUGCUUCAAAGAUAACACCAUCAUCACAUCGUUGCUCAGCCAUGUGUACCCAGCUCCAAGACAGUUGCAUUGAUAAUUCCCACUAUCUGGAUGUCCAUUGCUUUUGAACUCUGGGCCUUACAAACUAUGGCAGUUGCAAAAGGGACCACUUUGGGUGGGGAUCUGGGAGAGGCCUUGAAAUUCCCUUGCUCAGGUGCCAGAAAACAUGGUGCUAAUGUUAAGUUGGCUUGGAAAGACAGUUGCCUGGCUUAAGUGCUUCCUCAUAAUUCUUUCUACUGGUAAGUACGUUAGGAUUUGACUUUGGAACGACUUGUCACUGGAAAAUCCUGACAGCUCUCUUUACAACAUGGUCCUGGUGUUUGGAAAGUAGAAUAAGCAUUAUGUUUGAUCUCUCUUUCUUUUUACACACACCCCUGGGGGAAAAACACUUGCCGAAGAGAGCCAAAUUCUCAUUGGUAGGGAUACCAUUUAAUGCCAGCAGUAUAUGGUCACCCUAUAGAACACGUAAAUGGCAUGGCAAAGGUAAGAAGAUAAAGGGAGAACAUAGGAUUUACGUAAGAAGUUCUGUUGGUAGAAGCUCUCGUAAUGGAAAGAAGCAGGAAAAAGGUGUGAAGAGUGCAGCAGGAAUGGCUAAUUGUGGCAUCUCCUUUUCUUCCUUUAGACUUGUCAAGUGUGCCAGAUGCUGUUGCCCAACAAGUGCAGUUACUGUGCUCAUCAAAGAAUCCAUGCUCACAAAUCCCCUUAUUGUUGCCCAGAGUGUGGCGCCAUUUGCCGGUCGGCCUAUUUCCAAACCCACGUCAAGGAGAACUGCCUUCAUUACUCCCGCAAAGUUGGCUACAGGUUUGUGCUCAAUUGAGGGGCGGUGGUGCACGAGGAAGAUGUGUCGUGACAUUUAAUGCACACCGAGUGGGGAUGAAUGGGGCGAGGGGGAAUGGAGCUUAAAAUCUUAUCAAAUCCUUUUCACGCCACACAGCUUUGCUGCCAACUUGUUUGGUGAUCAGACAGGCUGACAAUUUCAGGAUAUCAAAUGCUGAUAAGGCGUGUUUGUCCUGCCAUGCCUUCAGGAGGCACAUCUUUAUAGACACUUUGGCAAUGAGUGUUCUUCUGUGCUUGCAGGCUAAGAGAGGGGGAAAAUGCCAGUGCUUUUUCAAUGGACUUUCACAGCCCUCUUAAAGGUUAUGAAGUAGUGAUGGUCUGAUUCUGACACGUAGUUUGCUUCCUCUGUAUGCUUUAUAGUUCUGUCACUCUCUGGCUUCUCAGUUUUGUUGCUUGCAAAGGAGGGUACUGUGGUGGUGUUUUUUAUUAUUAUUAUAUUGCAUUUUUAUUUUUAUUCACUACCAUUUGGAUAAACGGUGGAUUAGACAUUUUAAAAAUAAAUAGUAUCCAUAGGGGGGAAAACUGAAUUGAUCUAAAAUUUGGUGUUUCUAUGUCUUAACUGAAGAAAUACUGAUGCGAUACUGACUUUAUGCUACAGGCAGGGAACUUAUGGCCCUUUUGAUGUGGCCAUCUUGGCUGUGAGUCCUGGAAGACCUGCUCCCUGCCUUGCAGGCCUUUUUCCACCUGGCCUGGAAAGGUGGUACGCUGACUGACUCCAGCUACAAAAGCUGAGGCUGCUGAACAGACUCUUGGGUAUUGUUUAGGGAGGGGGUUGUUAGCAGGGUUUGUUUCUGUUAUUGAUAUUUAUUUUUUUCUAUCUUUAUUUUUAGAUCUUCUUAUGGUUUUAUGUGGAACUUGUUCAAUUUGGUUGUGUACUUCCUGAUUUUUUAAAUGUAUUGUUCUGACAAUAUUUGUUAUAUUUGUAAUUAUUCAUUUUUUCAUGUUGUAAGCCUCCUUGAGCAUAGUUUUAUCCACUGAAAGUAGAAUAUAAAUUGCUGGACUAUAGCUGCCAUCAUCACUGGCUGUUGGCCACGUUGGCUGGGGCUGAUGCAAGUCCAACAGCACCUGGAGAGACCACAGCUUCCCCACCCUUGAUGUAAAACAGGACGUUUGGCAGCAAGAGCAAGAUGAGCACCAAAUACUUUUUUAUUGCUUAGGUGGAACAAUGCAGCAUGAAUUAAAGGGUGCUUAGCAGACUCCUAAGUGACUUGAUUUGCUUGGAAUAAAAGCACUGAAGCCCAGGCUAAUGCAGGCAAUAAAUAGAAAGGAAGUUUGGUCCUGCUGUUAGCGCUUUGUGGCUAACAGCAGUUGCAUUUUGAUUUGAACACCCCUCAAAUUGGAGUGACUUUGUCCUGUAUCAGCUGUAUCCCUGGAGGUUUUAAAACAUUUUCAAUGUGCAUUUCAUUGGGACUUUUGAGUGUCUUAUCAGAAAACAGGCUUUUUCCCCUGGGCUUUUUUAAAAUUAUUAUUCAUUUUUGUCUUUACCACCAUUAUUGAUGACCCUGGAACACUUUAAUGCUGUGGAUUUUACAAAUGCUGUGGAUUUUACUACUCCCUCCAGGUCAGUGAGGCAGACCUCAGUGGGUCCUUGUUUCCUGAACUUUCACGGAAAUCUCAGUGUGUGCUUAUGAUUUUUUUGUUUUUGUUUGUAGAGCUCAAGUUUAUCUCUCUCUCUCUCUCUUUUCCCAGGUGCACUCACUGUGGGGUUGUCUUCAUGUCGCAAGCUAUGCUGAAAGUGCACAUUCACGAGAAGCACUGUGAAGUCUUCCACAAGUGUUCGUUCUGUCCUAUGGCCUUCAAGUCUGCAGACAGCACCACUGCUCACAUUACCAGUCAGCACCCCGCAGAACCUCAUAAGACAUCUCAGUAAGUGGCUGCCCGGUUAAAUAAAUGUAUUGCCCAAUUUCUCUUCUUUACCCAGUUUGCCUUCUAUGCCCAUCCUCACUGGGCUUACAAGAACGUUGUUGUCCCAACUGUAUGGAGAGAGAGAGAAUAAACUGUGUUGUGGAGACAGUUUUUAGUAGGAUCUGCAUACCUUCUCUUUUAAAGAAAAGAAGGGUUAGGCAGAAAUCUUGUUUUCUAGUUACCUUAAUAUUAGUUAUGUAGCCCAUCUGCUCCUAAGACUUUUCACACUUGGAAAGAAGCAAGGACGGAUUUAUCAUCUGUCAGCGUACAGACAGCCCCUGUGCUCUGCAUGAUGUUACGCGUUUCUCCAGAGGGCAUCCUAGAACCAAUGGAUGGUUAUUGCACAGAAACCCAUUUUGGCGAACCAUGAGGAGAAAGAAUGGUAGGAGUUGUUUGACAGUGCGAACAAGCUGUCGGGGUCUCCUUCACUGGUUAUAUUUAAGUUGGGCAGCCAUCUGUUGGGAAUGAUCCAGGAUUUCAGGUCCUGCAUUGAGCAGGAGAUUGGAAAUAGAUGCCCUCCAAGCUCCUUUUGAUUCCAUGUCUCUGUGAAAUUGCCUUGUAACUCCUGUCUGCUAGAGAAGCAGUAAUGGGAGCUUCAGGCAGAGCCUGCUGGGGAGAACUACAAAUUAAAAUAAAUAGCAGCACUUAGCGCAGGAGUGGAGAACCUUUUUGGCUCUUUGGGCCAAAUCCUUAUCAGGAUUAGCUUCAUGGGCCAAAUUUGAUAGGUGAGCAAGGCACUUCACAUGAUUGACAGGUGGGCAACACACCCACCCAUCAAAAGUCCAUGCUGGAGCAAUGUUAAAAUGAGCUCCCUCCCUUCUUUCUGAAGCACACACACACUUAAAGGUAGAUCCAACUGAUGCAUGAAGGAGAAAUUGCAACUCCCAGGAGAUGGGGAAAACCACUUGUGGAAGGCUGAUUCUUGCAAAAGCAGUUCUUUCUCUACUCCCCCUGGGAGCUGUGUGCAGCAAAAUGGAGCAGAAUUUAACCUCUGCUCAGCACACACUUCCCAGGAAGGGGAUGGGGAAACCCCCUUUGCAAGGAUGAACCUUCCCUAGCGGUUUCUCUCCCCGCACCCCUUUCAUGUAAUGAUGCAGAAUUAAGACAGGUCUGCUUUUGCUGCACCUCUUUCCAUGGAGCAGGCGCACACAGUGAAAGCAAGCAGACUCAGUGUUUUUCUUCUGCUUCCUUUGACUGUAUGCACCUGUUACAAAGCGGGAACAGAUGCACUCAGCCAAAUGGAGCAGGAUUUAACCGUCACCUGUAAGCUGUUCCUGCUGGGAACAGCCACUUGCAGCAAAGAAUUGAGACCCACCCGCCAGGUGACAUCACAACAAUGUUUCCUGUUAAAAUACAUGUUUCCAAGGCAUUUUGUUGGAGUUGGGUUUCUAAUGUUGUACACUGCCCUGAGAUCUUCUGAUAAAGGGGGUGGUAUAUAUGUUGAAUAAAUAAUAAUAAUACUUCAAUAAUUAAUUUAAUGAUGAUGAUAAUAAAUUUUUCUAUGUUUAUUUUUUUGUUUAAACUUUCAUUGCAAAUUCAUUUUUCAAUUGUUCCAGGGUGAUCUACAAAUGCUCUUGUGAGACAGUCUUUAACAAGAAGAGGCUUCUGCAGGAGCACUUCCAGCAGAAUGCCAACAGGCUGAUGGUGGGAGUGUUCAAGUGUCCGCAUUGCCAGCUGGUGUAUAUGCAGAAACUUCAGCUAAUGCAGCAUGUUAAGGUUGGUGACUGGAGAGGAUACCAUGCCUGCACAGAACACUUUUCUACCUUCUGAAUUGAGAUUGCUUUGCGUGAAACACAUCGGCUGCCCUUCUUUCUUUUUUUACCCACCACUGGUGGAUAUCUUCACAAGCAGCCUCAAAACCAAUUCAAAGAUUGCUUGUAAAACAGUCCUCCCAGAAGUGUGUUGCGUUAAGAGUCCAAGUACCUACAGCAUCUAGAUUUCUUACUGAGAGACUGGUGCUAUACUGACUGCACUGCCUUCCAGUUCAUUUCUGGGCGCAGUGCAAAGUGACUAGCUUAGGACCAGCAUAAUUGAAGAGCCACUGUUCUCCAUGUGCACCUGCCUUUACGUGAAACUCUUCCCCUGUCAGGAGUAUUAUCUGCCUGAAGACCAGUUGUGGAAUGCUCUCUGUUCAGUGCCAAAUACUCUCUAAAGCUUUUAAAAUGCAGGUUUAAGCCUGUUAACUGUUUAAUGCUGCUUUUAUAAUUUUGUGGGGUUUUAGCUUGUUGUGUAUAUGUGUGUUUCUGUAUAUGCACAUGCAUGCUCCCCCCCUACAUUUUAUUGUUCUUUGUGUAAAUUCUCCUGAAAAUAUGAUUGAAGGGCGAAAAUAAAAAUUCUUCUAAUAAAUAAGUGUGUCAGGCAUGUGAAUUCUCUUCAUGCCUCCAAAAUUCCCUGGAAAACUUAAGAGCUGCAAAAUCUGUGACUCUCAAGUCUUGUUGGAUUCCAACUCCCAUCAGUUCCAAUGCUAAGGAUGAUGGAAGUUGGAAUCCAUCGUCUAGAGGGCUACAGGUUCCUUCCUCUUGCGUUACAAGCUAGACUUCUUUCCUUCCUAGUUAAAUUUUGCCUGUGUCUUUCUAUCUGAAAAGCAGCAGUGACCACCUGCCACUUUUGAACUCAAGGAAGGGCUUUCGUGGCAUUAUGAUUUCAGACUAUGUCAUCAGCAUUUGCCAAAGGGAGAGAUGACAAAAUUCAGAAUCUCCCUCAUUAUCUGUGCAUAUAUUGCCUUUCAUGAUGCUACCAAGAGAGAAAUAUCACAUCCUUAUUAUCUAGAAAGGCAUCUUGGUUGAGCCAGCAAAAACUUGUCCAUCUCUUGACAGGUAUUGAGGACAUUGUUACAAAUAGCACUGUUCAAUUUGCCGUAGCAGCAGCUAACGUAUACAAGGAUUUAUCAGACACUUGACUGAGCUGUAUAAUCCUUGUAUACGUUAGCUGCUGCUAUGGCAAAUUGAACAGUGCUAUUUGUAACAAUGUCUUCGAUUGCAAAGUAGACCCUUGUCUACAGAAGCUCAAGGCACAAUGCAUUUGUUUUCUUUAAAAUGCCAUAGGACUCUUAGGUUGAAAUUCAGAUCAUCCUCUGAACCUACUCUUGGAUUGCGAAUGAGGAGCACCAAGACUCAAUUCAAACAUGCACAUAUACAUGCACCCUGCAACUUUGCAUUGGUUCAGAGUUUAAUUGAGUGCAAACCGGGGUGCAGUUUCCUCAAAACACAUCCUUGGGCCAAGCCUGAUGUGAGUAUUGAGGAUUGUGAACAAACACUGUGCUCUCACACUCCCUUUUCCUUUGAUCAAGCAUUCCAAACUAGGAUUUGCAAUCCCAGUUUGGAGGGCUUGCUCAAACUUUAGUUUGCCAGUUCAGAUGUAUCUGCAAACUGUUACUUGGUUUGAUCAAACCAUAACGUGCUACACAGAGGCAGAGGAGGCAGCACUCUACAGCAGCAGCACUUUUUCACAAUCCUCCAAACUGUGAAUUCAGUCUUAAGUCUGCUGCAAACACACUAUGCUGUUCUGUUAUAAUUUAAGUGCAUAGUUUCUCACUGUGUUGAUGGGAUGAAUCACACUGCGUUAGCGUUAACAUAGCCUAUUGGCUAUGGACAUAAUCUCUAUCUUAGUCCUGGGCUGUCUAAAACAGAAGGAGGUGGGAAAUGAUAUGCUUUUGUUAAGCAGAGCAGUUUCCUGCUAUUUUAGGAAAAUAGGCAACUUCCCUUUGCCCUGCUCUAAUGCUGAGGAUUUUUUUGUUUUUGUUCAUUAGAGCGUCCAUGGGGUCCCUGAGAAUCCUGAAGAUCUUGCUAGCUUCCGACAGAAGACAGAAACAGCAACUAACAGCAGUGUUCUUCCAGCAUCAAAGGAGCUUUCAGUAAUCAAUGGUACUUCCCAGACCUCUUUGCCCACAAAAGGGACGAGCCCAGAAUCAAAACCCAAGCCAAAACCCUGCAGUUGGACAUGUCGGGAGUGUUCGCAGUGCAUCCCUGACCGAGAAACCUAUGUGUCCCAUAUGAGGAAAAGCCAUGGAAAGGUAAGGGUCUGGGGGCUAUAUUUUGUUCCUCUUUCCCACAGGAUUCAUCUAAAACUCUUCAGCAGCGUGCCUGUCAUUGUUCGAGCUCCAGGGGAACAAGUUUUUGUUUUCCUGCACAUUUAGGCAGCACCAAUGAUAUGGCUGUACUGUUGCAUCUGUUUUUAAUAAUGGUUGUGUGGAGUUUGUUUUGUUUGAAAAUUAUUUCAGGACCUUCGUAAUAAGAAGCAAUGUGCAAAUCUAAUCUAAACCUCAUAGCAUACCUUUUUAUGUUUGUUAUAGCUUACAGCUAAACAAAUAAAAUUGCUACUGCUUAUUACAUAAACCUUGUAGCAGGGUGAAAGCCUGUGUAGGUGCUUCUUUCUUUUUGGUCUCUGCAGUCUCUGCAGUCCUAUGGCAGCAUCAGAGAUAAACUUCAGAGUAUGAUUCUCUCUAUGAUUCUCUCUCUCUCUCUCUCUCUCUCUCUCUCUCUCUCCAUGUGUUCCCCUUUUAAGACCACAUGUUUCUGAAACUGUAUUGACUGCAAAUGCAUAAGCAUUAUCUGGAUUCUUCUCCACAAAAAUCUUAUAAAUUAGAUCAUGAACAUUCGCAUUCUGCAGAUGGGGAACUGGCUCAAGGCAAGCUUAUCAGGUUUAUGGCCAAGGGCUGCUUUUUAUGCCACAAGAGAGACGUGUUUGUAGCAGGUCAAUUGCAUGUCUCUAUGGUGAGCACAGCGACUCUCGAAGAAAAACAUAUCUGUAGCCCCUUGGGAAAUGCACACCUAAGGGCCACAAUUGGCCAGGACUCUUAAAUGUGUUUUCCAUGUCUCACAAAAGUACACUUUGUCAGAUCAAGGAUACAGGCAGAUGCAUUGCAGAUGCUAGUACACGAAUCUAGAUUGUGUGGAUUCUUUUGCACAGAUCAAGACCCCCCAAAAAAAGAGGCAGCUCAUUCUUGCUGUCAGGACUAACGCUCCCAUUCCUCUCAUAGAAUGUGAAAAGAUAUCCCUGUCGGCAGUGUGAGCGGUCAUUCAACGCCUCCAAUAGUCUGCACAGACAUGUACGCAAUAACCAUGACACAGCAAAGAAAGUUUACACCUGCUGGUGAGUACACAACUAUUUUCCUGAAAAUUUCUAUUAGUCUUCCAGGCUAAAAAAAGUGCUUUGUAAUGGGCCAUAUCUAAGGCUUUUUAGGGCAUAUCUUAGAACAAAGGAUCUUGCACUAGCUCAGGUACAUUUUUAGGUUUCACAGCUAGAUUCCAUGAUAAGACUGAAGCACGUUAGGCAUUGAUGAUGCAAGCACUGGGCUCUAUCUAAGCAAAUGUAGAAUGCUUAGUUCCUUCUAUAUUAACUUUGCUGGAGCCAGUGUGGUGUAGUGGUUAGAGUCUGGGUUUUGCUGUCUUGCCCAGGUAAGGCUGCAGUGGCUAUUCACAGGCACAGUCCCACUACUGAUCGGCAUGGGAGUUUUUACCUGCUCCAUCUCCAACCUGGGCUGGUUCACCCCUCCUUGGGCAACCUGGCGCACCUCAGCUCCCCAGGGCUCGCCAUAUUGAUGCCGAACUUAGCACAGACACCUGCUUGGCACAGCCCACAGCAGGGGAGCGGGUGGCGCUGUGGUCUAAACCACUGAGCCUCUUGGGCUUGCUGAUUGGAAGGUUGGCAGUUUGAAUCCAUGCAACGGUGGUGAGCUCCUGUUGCUUUCUCCCAGUUUCUGCCAACCUAGCAGUUCAAAAGCACACCAGUGCAAGUAGAUAAAUAGGUACCGCUGCAGCAGGAAGGUAAACGGCAUUUCCGUGCACUCUGGCUUGUCACGGUGUUCCGUUGCACCAGAAGCAAUUCAGUCAUGCUGGCCACAUGACCCGGAAAGCUGUCUGUGGACAAACACUGGCUCCCUUGACCUGAAAGCGAGAUAAGCACUGCAACCCCAUAGUCACUUUUGAGUGGACUUAACCAUCCAAGGGUCCUUUACCUUUUUACCCAGUGGCUAGACUGCCUGGUUUGGUGGUGGGAGAUCCAAGUUCAAAGUUAUGAAGCUGACCUUGAACAUAUCACUGCCUUCCAGGGUGGUUGUGUGGAUGAAAUGAGAGACUAGUCUUAGUAAUUUGAAGGGAAAGGUGAGGACACAAAUGAGACAAACCACUAAAUACAUUUCCUGUAAGUCUACAGCUAACUGCUAAAGCAUAACCUCCAAAGUAUCUCUGUAAAAUUAUGUGUGCUUUGAAAGUUUUGCAGUAUUAUUAUUUUGAUGAAUAAAUGUAUUUAAACGCCAACAUUUUGCUAGUUAAACGGCUGUGCAUAAAAUAAGGACAUCCAGUCCUUUCAUGUUCACCUUUAGUAACAGACUCGCAUGUUAAGGUUUGUAUUGAGGCUUUUAUAAUGCUGUAUUACACAAAUGUGACACAUCUUCUCAUGACAUCCAUGAUCUCUGAUUCUGAGCAGGAAUGUGACUUUCACUGAUACACAGUACAUUUUGUUGUACAAGUGCAUCUGGCAAUUUAGGCUUGAAAGUUCUAAUGUGGACACAAAUGUUGACAUUUCCCUCACGGACGAAACAGAUUCUGUUCUCGCUUGAUUCUUUUUUAAAUUAUUGAUUCUCUAAAAGGGAAGCCGUUGUUAUCCUUUGCCAUUGUACAGAGAAGAGCUGUAGAGGGGGCCAAGUUUGCCAUGGUGCUGCUGGAAUAGAAAUAGUUGGCUCUUGGAAGUGGAUGUAUACAUAGAUUGCUUUUGGUCUUUUGUAGUAACUAAGAAGGAAAAAUGUUUGAGAGCCUCGUGUCAUCCAAUGUAUUAUUGUUUUUCUUCUAUUAUUAUGGUAGGUAUUUUUGUGUUUUUAAAAUGUAAACCACCCUGUGAUCUUUUGAUGAUGGAUGAUAUACAAAUUUUAAUAAUAAUAAUAAUAAUAAUAAUAAUAAUAAUAAUACAACAUUUGAAACCAUUUGAAGGGGCAGAACUGGAAUGGGUUAUUUGUUCAGGUGGCUUGAUGACUGUCCUCUGAAGCAAAACAAAAAUGUCCAUUUUGAGCUACUUGCAUAAGCAGAAAGAUAAGGUCCAUGCCCCAAGAAACUUGCAAUCAAUAUAUUGAUAGUUGUGGGGAGCCAACAGACAAGUAGGAGACUAGGUAAGGGAUGAGAGGCGGAAUACUACUGAUAUAAUGCUCAUGCUUCAUUAUGUAGGGAGGUUUGGGGUUAACUUCUUGACAUCUUUAAAAAUGUCAUAGAUUUGUGGAAGAACUGUGUUUAUCCUCUCUUUAACGUGUGAUAUAACACCUUUUCUUUUUCAUGAAUCUGUUUGCUCCUUUUGUUAUUUUUUUAUUGCAUAUUUUAUUUUUAUUCCUUUUUACCUUUUUCUGCUUAUAUAUUUGUAUAGACACAUUACCAAAAUCCAGUAAAAAUAUUUUCUAAAAAAAAUAUGAAAAAGAAAUACUACUUAUAUCAUGAUACUAUUUUGCUUUGUAUUUUUAAGGUACUGCACAGAUGAAAUCCAGACAUUUCCUCAGCUGUCCAUGCUAGAGAGUCACAUCAGCCUCAUGCACGGCAUCAAAAACCCAGACCUUUCCCAGAUAUCCAAAACCAAAGCUCCAGCAGAAGACUUGACAAAAGUAAUCUACCAUGCUUUUCUUAAAUAAUAUGUAAUUCCAUCUCAUGUGCUUGUCCUCCCCAGUUGUGUGGCCUCCUUCAAGAACUGUCCUCCUUGUGUGGACUGUGGAAUUCAACUGCUAGAUCUCCCAUUAAAAAUGUGGUUUUAAAAAAAUGUAGGGAAGUUUCAGUCCAUCUAGUUCCUCUAUCCUCUGAGCACAUGUCUCUUCUAAAUUAGCUCUCGUCUUGUUUCCUCGUUAAAUUACAAUCCUGUGCACUGAAGAAACUUAAAUUAUAAUCCGGACUAAUAGAGUAAUUAAACUGAAGAUAACCAGGCAGAAUGUGAAGAGAAAUUAGAGGCUUCUAGGGAGCUGGUGGCAGGUCAUGUUGGACAUCUUUUGGCAUCGUUAGAGAUGGGACAGAGAGUUUUCCACAUGGAGAACAAUGAAAUGCAGAUGAGGCAAUUAAUACAAUUAGUGAUACCUGGAAGGAACAUCCACUUCCAGCAGCUUUUGUCCUUUUUUAUGCAAAGCAUUGGUGGCAGCAAUUGCUAAAUCUUUCUUCCCGUCUCCUCCCAAAAUGCUGCUCCAUUGCAUUUGUGUGUCUGUCAGGGAUGGAAAACUUCCAGAGGUUAUUGGACUACAACUCCUAUUAAGCUUAGCCAGUGGUCAGGGAGGAUGAAAGCUACAGUCCAGAAACCUCCAGAAGGCCACAUGCUUCCCAUCCCGAGCAUAAAAAUAGAUCAGAUCUGGGGAGUGGUCUAUGGCCUGGUCAGGUCCACUGUGAGUACAGCACCCACAUCUGAAGGGAUCUGCUCUCCAUAGGGUGUAAUAGAGAUUUUGAUGUGCUCUCACUCCUCCCCGCACACACACAUCAUAGUGAAAGCACUGUGCAAGGCCACUGCGGGCAUAGCAUGUUCCUUGACCAGGCAGAAGGCUUGAUCAGGGAUACAGGAGUUGUGCACAGGCUUCCUCAGUCUCAUAAUGGCUUGGUUUGCUAAGCGAGGAGGCCAGGGAAGGGGACAUUGAUGUGAUACCCUAUGGCAGCCUGGGCGAUCACACAGGGUCCCCGGACGUUUCACCGUCUAUUGAUCCCUGUGCCACCACUUCAUUUCUAGCUGCCACCAUCCAGGCCCUACCUGGUACAAUACUGAGUCCAGUCAGGGUUAAUUUGGAACAUAAACUUCUGUUUAUUUAUUGCAGUUUAACAAGCCUGUGGUUUCAUAAACAUUAUUGGUCAAUUACAAUCAUGGGGUGCCUAUCCAGACCUAUAACUUCCGCUACCUGCUCUCACUCACUAAACCACCUCUCAGAUAUUUACUUGUCUUCCUAGCCCCUAACUAUUCCUGACUCAGCUUACUUCGCUACACUAACUCAACCUACCUACAGACUCUAUCCCAAUUCACUCACACUCCAACCAACUCCCAACAAACUCCCCUCUUUGCCCCUCCCAAAGCUGGUUUUAUAGUCCCUCUGACUCCACCCCCUGGGUCCUGAUUGGAUAACCUGUUUAACUAUUUCACCUCUAGCACUCUCAUAUGUUAACGUCACACAGCCUUCCCAAACUGAAUGCUCUCCAGGUCUUGUUGGGCUCCCAUCAUCCCUGAGCAUUGGCCAUGGCGGGUGGGUCCAAUGGGAGUUGUGGUCCAACAGCAUCUGGAGGGCUCCUGGUUGGGAAAAGAUGCCCUUUGGGGAUCUCUCUCUGUAUUCGCAGUGCACCCAUGGUGGGCGGGAACGUUGUCUUAUGGUGCUGAUUGGCGCAAUAAAGCCAUGUGUUCAUUUCCUAGGCAAAAUAUCCAAAGAGGGUAUCUGCAGGUGGUUUGGACCAAACGGAAACUACGGCAUCGGGAUCUGAAGAUCCACCAGCAAAAAAACUGAAGGCACACUGGAAGUGCGCCAAGUGUGGAUUUGCAACGGCCGCUGAGAGUGAAUUUCUGGAACACAUACCUCGGCACAAGACGGACAGCUCCACGUACCAGUGCCAGCUCUGCGGCUUGUGCUACACGUCUCACAUCUCUCUGAACAGGCACCUCUUCAUUGUUCAUAAAGUGAAAGAUCCGGAGGAGGAACAGGAGGAGCCUGAACCUGAGCCAGAUUCUGAAAAAGAGGCUCAGCAAAUGGAGACAAGCGAGAACGGACUUGCAGAGCCGAAUGGCAAGAUGAACACUGCGGACGAGGAAGGAGGUGGUUCAAAGAGCCAGGACUCUGAGGGCGACCCCACGUCCUGUGAUGCAGAAAAGCCCAGCACGCAGAACAAACACCCCAAAUCUCCAAAUAUUUAA